AUGCACUGUUUGAAAAUAUUACGGGUGACCAACGCAGCAGCUGUGCAAACCUUGGUGACGGACGCCACUAAAAGAGUUGUCAAAAAGGGUUGUUAUAACUGUUUAUUACCGGGGUGUCCUACUAACGUUAAAGUUCAAGCCGCACAAUGUUUCAACACAAGUUCAACAGAUCAGCACCACAUUGGAACAACCUCAGAUAUGGACCACGUGCUUCCUAAACUGUGAGUUUGUGUUUCACUAUUGGUCCAGUUCAGUGAUGUGUGUGUGUGUGUCACAUUACAUGCAAUUAUAGCUAUAAAACAAUGCUUUUCUCCAUGUUCCUCAAUCAUCCAUUAGUCUAUAAAUAUUAUUUCAAUUACAUUAGCAUGUGUCUGUGUUUGUGUACACUGACAACUGUCCUCUAUGUUGCUGUAGGAGCAAUGAUGGAAAGGGUCUGUUCUCAGGAGUAGAAGACAUGCUCUUCUACACCAUCACAGAUGGUCAUGAACAAGUCCCCGUCUCACAUUUUAUCUCUGUGAGUACACACAUCAGUUAACCUAUACAAGAAAGGAGAUUCAGUUGUAAAUUAAAUAGAUUACUCUGUAGGCUAAUAUACCCUUUCUCACUCAACCCUCGACAACAAACUCUCUCUCUCUCGGUUCAGACACAAAAGCACAUAUUCACUCACUCACUCACUCACUCACUCACUCACUCACUCACUCACUCACUCACUCACUCACUCACUCACUCACUCACUCACUCACUCAUUCACUCACUCACUCAUUCACUCACUCACUCACACACACUUCACAACAAACACUGCAGAACAGUCAUUUAUUUGUAAAGAAAGAUACAAAAUAUGUCUUCAGAAAUUAUCUAUGAGACUAUACAAUUUUUGCUCUCACUCAAACUUUGUCUCUGUCACCACUUGAGCUAUGCUUAACCCAGGUAUGCUGGGUUCAAGAGUUAUUGGAGACACCGAACUGCCACUGGCUGCACAGAACCAACUUUAUUCGCUUUGGGGAAGUAGGUUAAUUAUGAGCAAGGGAAGGCAGGUGCAGCAACAAGUGACCCGUUCGUCGAUUGCAUCCCUUGAGCAAGCUGAAAUGGUGUUCAUUACAUUGCAGUGCAGCCAUUUAAUAAUAGUACAACUAUAUCAAGAUUGUUUGUUUUUUUAGCACAAUUACAUUUCAAGACAGGCCAAUUAGUUGAGUCCUUUAACUUUUUUUUAUUAAUAAUCUGUAUGUUAUUGCAUUUUCUAAAUACUAUUAGUAACUCAAACAAUGGAUACAUUUAACUAUUGCUGUUAAUUGUCACUUUAUUGCAAGAAACAGUGGGCAACAAAAGGGUGAAUACAAUCUGGCCUUAAAUGGCCAUGUGCUCUUAUAAUCAACACCCGGCACAGCCAGAAGGGGACUGGCCACCCCUCAGAGCCUGGUUCCUCGCUAGGUUUCUUGCUAGGUUCUUGCCUUUCUAGGGAGUUUUUCCUAGCCACCGUGCUUCUACAUCUGCAUUGCUUGCUGUUUGUGGUUUUAGGCUGGGUUUCUGUAUAGCACUUUGUGACAUCUGCUAUUUAUAAAUCAAUUUGAUUGAAUACACACAGAGGUGUAUCGUGGAACAGUAUUUCAUUAUGUUAUUGUAAUGAAAUAGUCUCCAUGCCUCCGUGCCUAAUGGAGGACUGGAAGGAAUGUGUCUGGUGAAGAUCACAACACAUCAGUCUAAAGAUUACCCUGCAUAGUUACUACAGAGACUAGAUUAGGUUGUAAAGAUUACCCUGCAUAGUUACUACAGAGACUAGAUUAGGUUGUAAAGAUUACCCUGCAUAGUUACUACAGAGACUAGAUUAGGUUGUAAAGAUUACCCUGCAUAGUUACUACAGAGACUAGAUUUGGUUGUAAAGAUUACCCUGCAUAGUUACUACAAGAGACUAGAUUAGGUUUGUAAAGAUUACCCUGCAUAGUUACUACAGAGACUAGAUUAGGUUGUAAAGAUUACCCUGCAUAGUUACUACAGAGACUAGAUUAGGUUGUAAAGAUUACCUGCAUAGUUACUACAGAGACUAGAUUAGGUUUGUAAAGAUUACCCUGCAUAGUUACUACAGAGACUAGAUUAGGUUGUAAAGAUUACCCUGCAUAGUUACUACAGAGACUAGAUUAGGUUGUAAAGAUUACCCUUGCAUAGUUUACUACAGAGACUAGAUUAGGUUGUAAAGAUUACCCUGCAUAGUUACUACAGAGAUUAGGUUGUAAAGAUUACCCUGCAUAGUUACUACAGAGACUAGAUUAGGUUGUAAAGAUUACCCUGCAUAGUUACUACAGAGACUAGAUUAGGUUGUAAAGAUUAGCCUGGCAUAGUUCUACAGAGACUAGAUUAGGUUGUAAAUAUUACCCUGCAAUAGUUACUACAGAGACUAGAUUAGGUUGUAAGAUUGCCCUGCAUAGUUUACUACAAGAGACUAGAUUAGGUUGGUAAAGUAUUACCCUGCAUAGUUACUACAGAGACUAAUUAGGUUGUAAAGAUUACCCUGCAUAGUUACUACAGAGACUAGAGAUUAUGUUGUAAAAGAUUACCCUGCAUAGUUACUACAGAGACUAGAUUAGGUUGUACAAGAUUACCCUGCAUAGUUACUACAGAGACUAGAUUAGGUUGUAAAUAUUACCCUGCAUAGUUACACUACCGAGACUAGAUUAGGUUGUCAAGAUUACCCUGCAUAGUUACUACUACAAGACUAGAUUAUGUUGUAAAGAUUACCCUGCAUAGUUACUACAGAGACUAGAUUAGGUUGUAAAGAUUACCCUGCAUAGUUACUACAGAGACUAGAUUAGGUUGUAAAGAUUACCCUGCAUAGUUACUACAGAGAUUAGGUUGUAAAGAUUACCCUGCAUAGUUACUACAGAGACUAGAUUAGGUUGUAAAGAUUACCCUGCAUAGUUACUACAGAGACUAGAUUAGGUUGUAAAGAUUACCCUGCAUAGUUACUACAGAGAUUAGGUUAUAAAGAUUACCCUGCAUAGUUACUACAGAGACUAGAUUAGGUUGUAAAGAUUAGCCUGCAUAGUUACUACAGAGACUAGAUUAGGUUGUAAAUAUUACCCUGCAUAGUUACUACAGAGACUAGAUUAGGUUGUAAAGAUUACCCUGCAUAGUUACUACAGAGACUAGAUUAGGUUGUAAAUAUUACCCUGCAUAGUUACUACAGAGACUAGAUUAGGUUGUAAAGAUUACCCUGCAUAGUUACUACAGCGAUUAGGUUGUAAAGAUUACCCUGCAUAGUUACUACAGAGACUAGAUUAGGUUGUAAAGAUUAGCCUGCAUAGUUACUACAGAGACUAGAUUAGGUUGUAAAUAUUACCCUGCAUAGUUACUACAGAGAUUAGGUUGUAAAGAUUACCCUGCAUAGUUACUACAGAGACUAGAUUAGGUUGUAAAGAUUAGCCUGCAUAGUUACUACAGAGACUAGAUUAGGUUGUAAAUAUUACCCUGCAUAGUUACUACAGAGACUAGAUUAGGUUGUAAAGAUUACCCUGCAUAGUUACUACAGAGACUAGAUUUGGUUGUAAAGAUUACCCUGCAUAGUUACUACAGAGACUAGAUUAGGUUGUAAAGAUUAGCCUGCAUAGUUACUACAGAGACUAGAUUAGGUUGUAAAGAUUACCCUGCAUAGUUACUACAGAGACUAGAUUAGGUUGUAAGGAUUACCCUGCAUAGUUACUACAGAGACUAGAUUAGGUUGUAAAGAUUAGCCUGCAUAGUUACUACAGAGACUAGAUUAGGUUGUAAAGAUUAGCCUGCAUAGUUACUACAGAGACUAGAUUAGGUUGUAAAAUAUUACCCUGCAUAGUUACUACAGAGACUAGAUUAGGUUGUAAAGAUUAGCCUGCAUAGUUACUACAGAGACUAGAUUAGGUUGUAAAGAUUAGCCUGCAUAGUUACUACAGAGACUAGAUUAGGUUGUAAAUAUUACCCUGCAUAGUUACUACAGAGACUAGAUUAGGUUGUAAAGAUGACCCUGCAUAGUUACUACAGAGACUAGAUUAGGUUGUAAAGAUUACCCUGCAUAGUUACUACAGAGACUAGAUUAGGUUGUAAAGAUUACCCUGCAUAGUUACUACAGAGACUAGAUUAGGUUGUAAAGAUUACCCUGCAUAGUUACUACAGAGACUAGAUUAGGUUGUAAAGAUUACCCUGCAUAGUUACUACAGAGACUAGAUUAGGUUGUAAAGAUUAGCCUGCAUAGUUACUACAGAGACUAGAUUAGGUUGUAAAGAUUACCCUGCAUAGUUACUACAGAGACUCGAUUAGGUUGUAAAGAUUACCCUGCAUAGUUACUACAGAGACUCGAUUAGGUUGUAUCAUCAAGCAACAAUAACAUGGGGGUUUUGUCUUCCAACGUAAUGCAAUCACCACAAAUUAACUGUAACUUGUUCAAUUAAAGAAUCAGUUGUAUAGGAUGUCAAUACAGUGCAUUCGGAAAGUACUCAGACCCCUUUACUUUUUCCACAUUUUGUUAAGUUACAGCCUUAUUCUAAAACUGAUUAAAUUGUUGUUUUUUCCUCAUCAAUCUACACACAAUACCCCAUAAUGACAAAGCAAAAACUGGUUUUUAGAAUUUCUUGAAAAUGUAUUAACAAUUAAAAAUGGAAAUCUCACAUUUACAUAAGUAUUCAGACCCUUUGCUCAGUACUUUGUUGAAGCACCUUUGGCAGUGAUUACAGCCUCAAGUCUUCUUGGGUAUGACGCUACAAGUUUGGCACACCUAUAUUUGGGGAGUUUCUCCCAUUCUUCUCUGCAGAUCCUCUCAAGCUCUGUCAGGUUGGAUGGGGAGUGUCGCUGCACUGCUAUUUUCAGGUCUCUCCAGAGAUGUUGAAACGGGUUCAAAUACGGGCUCUGGCUGGGCCACUCAAGAACAUUCAGAGACUUUUCCCGAAGCCACUCCUGCGUUGUCUUGGCUGUGUGCUUAGGGUCGUUGUCCUGUUGGAAGGUGAACCUUCACCCCAGUCUGAGGUCCUGAGCGCUUUGGAGCAGGUUUUCAGCAAGGAUCUCUCUGUACUUUGCUCCGUUCAUCUUUCCCUCGAUCCUGACUAGUCUCCUAGUCCCUGCCGCUGAAAAACUUCCCCACAGCUUGACGCUGCCACCACCAUGCUUCACCGUAGGGAUGGUGCCAGGUUUCCUCCAGACGUGACGCUUGGCAUUCAGGCCAAAGAGUUCAAUCUUGGUUUCUCAUGGUCUGAGUGUCUUUAGGUGCCUUCUGGCAAACUCCAAGAGUGCUGUCAUGUGCCUUUUACUGAGGAGUGGUUUCCAUCUGGCCACUCUAACAUAAAGGCCUGAUUGGUGGAGUGCUGCAGAGAUGGUUGACCUUCUGGAAGUUUCUCCCACCUCCACAGAGGAACUCUGGAGCUCUGUCAGAGUGACCAUCGGGUUCUUGGUCACCUCCCUGACCAAGGCCCUUCUUCCCCGAUUGCUCAGUUUGGCCGGGCGGCCAGCUCUAGGAAGAGUCUUGGUGGUUCCAAACUUCUUCCAUGUAAGAAUGAUGGAGGCCACUGUGUUCUUGGGGCCCUUCAAUGCUGCAGAAAUGUUUUGGUACCCUUCCCCAGAUCUGUGCCUCGACACAAUCCUGUCUCGGAGCUCUAUUGAUAAUUCCUUCGACAUCAUGGCUUGGUUUCUGCUCUGACAUGCACUGUCAACUCUGGGACCUUAUAUAGACAGGUGAGUGCCUUUCCAAAUCAUGUCCAAUCAAUUGAAUGUACCACAGGUGGACUCCAAUCAAGUUGUAGAAACAUCUCAAGGAUGAUCAAUGGAAACAGGAUGCACCUGAGCUCAAUUUCGAGUCUCAUAGCAAAGGGUCUGAAUACUUAUGUAAAUAAGGUAUUUCAGUUUUUUAUUUGUAAUACAUUUCCAAGAAUUUCUAAAAACCUGUUUUCACUUUGUCAUUAUGGGGGUGUUGUGUGUAGAUUGAUGAGGAAAAUGUUUUAUUUAAUCCAUUUUAGAAUAAGGCUGUAAAAAGUCAAGGGGUCUGAAUACUUUCCGAAUGCACUUUAGAUAGUCAAGGCUCUGAUUUGAUCUUUGUUUCAUAUUGCACCAACAGUACUGUGCUGUUUGAAUCAAAACACUCGCAACAAGUGACUGAAAGCAUACCCAAGCGAGCUUCACCCAGCUUAAUUAUAAAAAUGAAGUGCUCAACUUGGAACAAGGCUCAUCUCUGUCAGUGGGUCACAAGAUGAGUUAAAGUUAGUUCCUAUGACGUUAGUUCACAUCCAAGUGCCUCUCAUAACAGUAUUAAUAACUUUGUAAGGUGUAUACUCGACAAGACGAGGCAGUUUUAUUUACAGUACAUUUUUUGUUUUGAUGUUGCCAUAAUUCAUUUCCUUUCUCCCUAACCAAACCCUUGUAUAAUAUCUAUGCUAUUUUAUUGCCUUUCAUUGUAUUGAUUUGACCGUAAAGUGUCUUGCGGUUUUAAAUGCGCUUUAAAUAAAGUUUGAUUUGAUCAGGCUCUGAAGAGGACAGGUCUUAAUACAUCAGACCCCCGACUGAAGGACUGUAUGGACAAGCUGCGCCGCUCCGUAUCGGAAUCUUUUCAUGACGUCAUGAUGGACCGGGAACUCUUCCACAAGUGAGUCACCUAUCUUGUCGGCUAGUUGGAUCUAAGACCCUCCCCCUUAACCCAAGGUCUAUCUGCCUCUCUACUUUACUAACGAGCACUUUCCCAACAAUGCAGAGUUAAAAAGUAAGGAAAUUAGCUAACAAAAAUAGAAAAUAGUAACACAAUAAAUAACGAUUAUUGUUACCCCCUCUACCUCUCUCUACCUCUCUCUAACCCUCUCUAACCCUCUCUAACCCCUCUACCCUACUAACACCCCCUCUACACCUCUCUCUAACCCUCUCUCUACCCUCUCUAACCCCUCUCUACCCCUCUCUACCCCUCUACCUCCUACCCUCUCUACCACCCCUCUACUCUAACCCUCUCUAACCACUCUCUACCCCUCUCUAACCCCUCUCUAACCUCUCUACCCCCUAACCCUCUCUACCUCUCUACCUCCCUCUCUAACCCUCUCUAACCCUCUAACCUACUACCCUCUCUACCUCUACCUCUCUAACCCUCCUCUAACCUCUCUCUCUACCCCUCUCUAACCCUCUCUACCUCUCUACCCUACUCUAACCCCUCCCUCUCUAACCCCCUCUCUACACCCUCUCUAACCCCUCUCUACCCUCUCUAACACCUCUCUACUACCCCUCUACCCUACUCUAACCUCCUACCCUCUCUCUAACCCUUCUCUACCUCUCACAACCCUCUCUAACCCCUCUCUCACCCCUCUCUAACCCCUCUAAACCUCUCUCUACCCUCCUCUAACCCUCUCUAACCCCUCUCUACUCUAACUUCACCCUCAUCUAACUAACCCUCUCUACUACCCUCUCUACACCUCUUACCCCCUCUACCCUCUCUACCUCCUAACCCUCUCUAACCCCUCUCUAACCACCCCUAAACCCCUCUAAUCCACCCCACCCUCUCUAACCUCUCAUCUACACCUCUCUCUAACCUCUCUACUCCAUACCUCCUAACUCAUCUAACUCUCUACCCCUUCUAACUCUUACCCUUCUAACCCCUCUCUAACCCUACUCUAAACUCUCUACUCCUCUCUACCUCUACCUCAACCUCACCACUCUACUAACCCUCUCUACCUCCUACCCCUCUAACACACAUCACAUUUUCCGUCUCCUCUUACUUCAAUCUCUUAGCUCUUUAAAUUACUGACCCCUAUCACAUUCCUCUUAUACUCCAGGCGUUUUUAGUCUACUUUCUACUAACACUCUUUACCUCUUACUGUCUCUUUUUGUAUCACACACACACACACACACACACACACACACACACACACACACACACACACACACAGACAGACAGACAUUCAGCUCCUCUCUCGCUGUCAUUUAAUCUUCAAUACAUAGUCAUGUUUAAGAGUUAGCAAGAGACAACAGCAUGUGUGCUCUUAGUGCACUAGCCUGCAUGAGGGCAGUAGGUGGGUAGUCUUGUUGGGGGCUACAGGGCAGGGAACGACUCGGAUUGAUAGAUGCCAGCUGCCUUGGACCUUGGGGCCACACAUACACACAGCCAAAAUGAGAGACAUUUAGACUAGUCAUGCCCACACCAUGACUCUGAUUCAUAACUAUGGAGUCAGGAGUCAGUGUAUGUUUACUUAUUAUCUUACUUAUUUGAUUCAAAUUACAGUUGUGUACUGUCGCUUUAAGAAACUGCUAUCAGUUUUUGUGAAAAGAUAAGAUUACUUUCCCGACGAUUCCUUUGAGGCAGUACCGAGUAACACUUCCUAAGUGUUAUGUGAGAAUGUGAACUUUAUUCUCUGUGACACACACAGAUAAUUAUACUCCUUGUAUCCUAUUAACAGCCUCACUAAUUCCUUAUUAUUUCCAACCCACCUCUUUGCUCACAACAAAGACAAAUGAUAGGCCUUUAACUUUUCUCAACGUCUAUGAGUAACCUACUGUGCAGAAUUACCCAGCUAGCACAUUGAGUUCCUUGGAGGUUGCUAUUGGUUCUGGGAACGAAGCUAUACGUUUCCGGUAAAACUGAACGUUUUGUAAACCUUCUGAGAAAGUAAGUGAAAAAUGUGUCUGGUCUGGGAACGUACAUUUUUAGGUUACCAGGGAGUUUUUAUUUUUUUAUUUUUUAUUUCACCUUUAUUUAACCAGUUAAGCCAGUUGAGAACAAGUUCUCAUUUACAACUGCGACCUGGCCAAGAUAAAGCAAAGAAGUGCGAUAAAAACAACAACACAGAGUUACAUAUGGGGUAAAAAAAACAUAAGGUCAUAAAAUACAAAAGAAAAUAUAUAUACUUCCCUCAGAAUGACAGCCUACAGGGAGGGGUGAGAGCCCUGGUGGGUAUUCAUUUCCUUAUUUCAGUAUUCUUGUUCUAGUAAAGUGUUCUUGUUGUUGUACCAAUCCUCAGGUGUGUUGGUGGGAACAUAGUGCUUCUGAUCCAGGCUUUCAGAAAGAAGUUCAUCAUCCCUGAGUUUGAUUCCUUUGUAGCAAAGAUAGAUAAAAUCUACGACACCGUCCAGAAAAACCAUGACGGACAUGUAAGUAUAUUUGUUUCCCGUGUACAGUAGUAGUUGUUUAACGUGUACAGUAGUAGUUGUUUAACGUGUACAGUAGUAGUUGUUUAACGUGUACAGUAGUAGUUGUUUAACGUGUACAGUAGUAGUUGUUUAACGUGUACAGUAGUAGUUGUUUAACGUGUACAGUAGUAGUUGUUUAACGUGUACAGUAGUAGCUGUUUAACGUGUACAGUAGUAGCUGUUUAACGUGUACAGUAGUAGUUGUUUAACGUGAACAGUAGUAGUUGUUUAACGUGUACAGUAGUAGUUGUUUAACGUGUACAGUAGUAGUUGUUUCCCGUGUACAGUAGUAGUUGUUUAACGUGUACAGUAGUAGUUGUUUAACGUGUACAGUAGUAGUUGUUUAACGUGUACAGUAGUAGUUGUUUAACGUGUAUGUAUGUUGUUUACGUGACAGUAGAGUUUGUUUAACGGAACAGUAGUAGUUGUUUACGUGAACAGUAGUAGUUGUUUAACGUGUACAGUAGUAGUUUUUAACGUGUACAGUAGUAGUUGUUUAACAUGUACAGUAGUAGUUGUUUAACGUGAACAGUAGUAGUUUUUAACGUGAACAGUAAGUAUUGUUUAACGUGUACAGUUUAGUAUGCUUAACGUGUACAGUAGUAGUUGUUUAACGUGUACAGUAGUAGUUUGUUUAACGUGUACAUUAGUAGUUGUUUAACGUGUACUAUAGUGUUGUUAACGUGUACAGUAGUAGUUGUUUAACAUGUACAGAUAGUAUGUUUAACGUGUACAGUGUAGUUGCUUAACGUGUACAGUAGUAGUUGUUUAACGUUACAGUAGUAGUUGUUUAACGUGUACAGUAGUAGUUGUUUAACGUGUACAGUAGUAGUAGUGUUUAACGUGUACAGUAGUAGCUGUUUAACCGUGUACAGUAGUAGUUGUUUAACGUGUACAGUAGUAGUUGUUUAACGUGUACAGUAGUAGUUGUUUAACGUGAACAGUAGUAGCUGUUUAACGUGUACAGUAGUAGUUGUUUAAUGUGUACAGUAGUAGUUGUUUAACGUGUACAGUAGUAGUUGUUUAACGUGUACAGUAGUAGUUGUUUAACGUGUACAGUAGUAGUUGUUUAACGUGUAAUUUAUUUUGGCCCAAUACAUAGACAUGGAACUCUGGUCACUUGAAUAAUGGAACACUGGUCACUUGAAUAAUGGAACACUGGUCACUUGAAUAAUGGAACACUGGUCACUUGAAUAGUGGAACACUGGUCACUUGAAUAAUGGAACACUGGUCACUUGAAUAAUGGAACACUGGUCACUUGAAUAAUGGAACACUGGUCACUUGAAUAAUGGAACACUGGUCACUUGAAUAAUGGAACACUGGUCACUUGAAUAGUGGAACACUGGUCACUUGAAUAAUGGAACACUGGUCACUUGAAUAAUGGAACACUGGUCACUUGAAUAGUGGAACACUGGUCACUUGAAUAAUGGAACACUGGUCACUUGAAUAAUGGAACACUGGUCACUUUAAUAAUGGAACACUGGUCACUUGAAUAAUGGAAAACUGGUCACUUGAAUAGUGGAACACUGGUCACUUUAAUAAUGGAACACUGAUCACUUGAAUAAUGGAAAACUGGUCACUUGAAUAGUGGAACACUGGUCACUUGAAUAGUGGAACACUGGUCACUUUAAUAGUGGAACACUGGUCACUUGAAUAAUGGAACACUGGUCACUUGAAUAAUGGAACACUGGUCACUUUAAUAAUGGAACACUGGUCACUUGAAUAAUGGAACACUGGUCAUUUGAAUAAUGGAACACUGGUCACUUGAAUAAUGUCUACACACUGUAUUCCAGACUCUGAUAUUGCUCAUUCUGAUAUUGUAUUGCUAGAUAUUACUGCACUGUUGGUGCUAGAAACAUGCACCUGUUCUGAUGGUAUGUCUGAACUUCCUGGAUCCAGGUAGCAGUCUACAUUCCCCACCUGGCCAAGUUCAGUCCUGAUCUCUGGGGUGUGUCUCUGUGUACUGUGGAUGGACAGAGGUAUGUACAACAGUCCUGAUCUCUGGGGUGUGUCUCUGUGUACUGUGGAUGGACAGAGGUAUGUACAACAGUCCUGAUCUCUGGGGUGUGUCUCUGUGUACUGUGGAUGGACAGAGGUAUGUACAACAGUCCUGAUCUCUGGGGUGUGUCUCUGUGUACUGUGGAUGGACAGAGGUAUGUACAACAGUCCUGAUCUCUGGGGUGUGUCUCUGUGUACUGUGGAUGGACAGAGGUAUGUACAACAGUCCUGAUCUCUGGGGUGUGUCUCUGUGUACUGUGGAUGGACAGAGGUAUGUACAACAGUCCUGAUCUCUGGGGUGUGUCUCUGUGGAUGGACAGAGGUAUGUCAACAGUCCUGAUCUCUGGGGUGUGUCUCUGUGGAUGGACAGAGGUAUGUACAACAGUCCUGAUCUCUGGGGUGUGUCUCUGUGUACUGUGGAUGUACAGAGGUAUGUACAACAGUCCUGAUCUCUGGGGUGUGUCUCUGUGUACUGUGGAUGGACAGAGGUAUGUAUGGAUGUCUGGCAUAUUAAAAGUAAUUGAAAAACAUAGCUGAAUGUGAAAUAGUGACUUAUGCUGACAACUAGGGCUUCUCCUCCCUCCUCUCCCUCUCCUCCCCUGUGUUUCCCUGUCUCCUCCCUCCUCUACCUCCCUUCCCCUGUUUCCCCUGCUCCUUCCUCCUCCUCUAGCCUCCUCGCCCCUCGUCCUCCCCUGUGGUGUUUCCCUGUUCUCCUCCCUCCUCCUCCCGUCUCCCUCCCCUCGUGUUGUCCCCUGUCUCCUCCCCCUCCCUCCUCCCCGCCUCCCCUGUGUUUCCCUGUCUCCUCCCUCCUCUCCUCUCCUCCCCUGUUUCCCUGUCUCCUCCCUCCUCUCCCUCUCCUCCCCUGUGUUUCCCUGUCUCCUCCCUCCUCUCCCUCUCCGCCCCUGUGUUCCCUGUCUCCUCCCUCCUCUCCCUCUCCUCCCCUUUGUGUUUCCCUGUCUCCUCCCUCCUCUCCCUCUCCUCCCCUGUGUUUCCCUGUCUCCUCCUCCCUCCCUCUCCUCCUCCCUCUCCUCCCUGUGUUUCCUGUCUCCUCCCUCCUCUCCCUCUCCUCCCUGUGUUUCCCUUCUCUCCCUCCCCUCUCCCUCUCCUCCCCUGUGUUUCCCUGUCUCCUCCCUCCUCUCCCUCUCCUCCCCUGUGUUUCCCUGUCUCCUCCCUCCUCUCCCUCUCCUCCCCUGUUUCCCUGUCUCCUCCCUCCUCUCCCUCUCCUCCCCUGUGUUUCCCUGUCCCCUCCUCCCUCCUCUCCUCCUCUCCUCCCCUGUGUUUCCCUGUCUCCUCCCUCCUCUCCCUCUCCUCCCCUGUGUUUCCCUGUCUCCUCCCUCCUCUCCCUCUCCUCCCCUGUGUUUCCCUGUCUCCUCCCUCCCUCCUCUCCCUCUCCUCCCCUGUGUUUCCCUGUCUCCUCCCUCCUCUCCCUCUCCUCCCCUGUUUUCCCUGUCUCCUCCCUCCUCUCCCUCUCCUCCCCUGUGUUUCCCUGUCUCCUCCCUCCUCUCCCUCUCCUCCCCUGUGUUUUCCCUGUCUCCUCCCUCCUCUCCCCCUCCCUCUCCUCCCUGUGUUUCCCUGUCUCCUCCCUCCUCUCCCUCUCCUCCCCUGUGUUUCCCUGUCUCCCUCCUCCCCUCCUCUCCCUCUCCUCCCCUGUGUUUCCUCUCCUCCCUCUCUCCUCCCUCCCUCUGCUCCCCCCUCUCCCUCUCUCCCCUUGUUUCCAUGUCUCCUUCCCUCCUCUCCCUCUCCUCCCCUGUGUUCCCUGUCUCCUCCCUCCCCCUCCCCUCUCCUCCCCUGUUUCCCUGUCUCCCCUGUCUCCCUCCUCUCCCUCCCUCCCCCGUUUUCCGUCUCCUCCCUCCUCUCCCUCUCCCUCCCCUGUGUUUCCCGUCUCCUCCCUCCUCUCCUCUCCUCCCCUGUGUUCCCUGUCUCCUCCCUCCUCUCCUCUCCUCCCCUGUGUUUCCCUGUCUCCUCCCUCCCUCCCUCUCCUCCCCUGUGUUCCCUGUCUCCUCCCUCCUCUCCCUCUCCUCCCCUGUUUCCCUCCUCCUCCCUCCUCUCCCUCUCCUCCCUGUGUUUCCCUUCUUCCUCCCUCCUCUCCCUCUCCUCCCUUUUUUCCCUGUCUCCUCCCUCCUCUCCCUCUCCUCCCCUGUGUUUCCCUGUCUCUCCUCCUCUCCUCCUCUCCUCCCUGUGUUUCCCUGUCUCCUCCUCCUCUCCCUCUCCUCCCCUGUUUCCUGUCUCCUCCCUCCUCUCCCUCUCCUCCCCUGUUUUUUCCCUGUCUCCUCCCUCCUCUCCCUCUCCUCCCCUGGUUUCCUCCCUGUCUCUCUCCUCCUCUCCUCCUCCCCUGUGUUCCCUGGCUCCUCCCUCCUCUCCCUCUCCUCCCCUGUGUUCCCGUCUCCUCCUCCUCCCCCCCCCUGUGUUUCCCUGUCUCCUCCUCCUCUCCCUCUCCUCCCCUGUUUCCCUGGUCUCCUCCCCUCUCCCUCUCUCCUGUUUUCCUUCUCCUCCUCUCUCCCUCUCCCCCCGUUUUCCCUCUCCCCCUCUCUCCUCCCUCCCCUGUUUUCCCUUCCUCCUCCCUCCUCUCCCUCUCCUCCCUGUUUUCCAUUCUCCUCCCUCUCCUCUCCUCCCCCGCCCUCCCUCCCCUUUCCCCUUUUUCCCUUCCUCCUCCUCUCCUCUCCUCCCCUGUUUUCCUGUUUUCCUCCCCUCUCCCUCCCCCCGUCCCUUUUCCUUCCCUUUUUUUUCCCUUCUCUCCUCCCUCCCUCCCCCCUUCCUCCCUUGUUUCCCUGUCUCCCCUCUCUCCCUCCCUCCCCUUUUUCCCUGUCUCCUCCCUCUCUCCUCUCCUCCCCUGUUUCCCUGUCUCCCCCCCUCUUCCUCUCCUCCCUGUUUUCCUUCUCCUCCCCUCCUCCCUCCCUCCCCUUUCCCUGUUCCUCCCUCCUCCUCUCCCUCUCCUCCCCUGUGUUUCCCUCUCCUCCCUCCUCUCCUCUCCUCCCUGUGUUUCCUCUCCUCCCUCCCUCUCCCUCUCCCCCUGUUUUCCCUGUCUCCUCCUCCUCUCCUCUCCUCCCCUGUUUCCCUGUCCCUCCUCCUCUCCCUUCCCCCCUGUUUCCCUGUCUCCUCCCCCUCUCCUCUCCUCCCCUGUGUUUCCCUGUCUCCUCCCUCCUCUCCCUCUCCUCCCCUGUGUUUCCCUGUCUCCUCCCUCCUCUCCCUCUCCUCCCCUGUGUGUUUCCCAUGUCUCCUCCUUGCUCUCCCUCUCCUCCCUGUUUCCCUGUCUCCUCCCUCCUCUCCAUCUCCUCCCCUGUGUUUCCCUGUCUCCUCCCUCCUCUCCCUCUCCUCCCCUGUGUUUCCAUGUCUCCUCCCUCCUCUCCCUCUCCUCCCGUUUCCAUGUCUCCUCCCUCCUCUCCCUCUCCUCCCCUGUGUUUCCAUGUCUCCUCCCUCCUCUCCCUCUCCUCCCCUGUGUUUCCCUGUCUCCUCCCUCCUCUCCCCCCAGACACUCAGUAGGAGAAACCAAGCAGCCCUUCUGUCUCCAGUCGUGUGUGAAGCCUCUGGAGUAUGCUGUGGCCAUCCACGAGGCUGGGACAGAGAAGGUACACCGCUACGUAGGGAUGGAGCCCAGUGGACUCAAGUUCAACAAGCUCUACCUGGAUGAGGAUGGUGGGUAAGGGAAGCCUUGCUGUAUUGUAUGGCUUUUUUUGUUUGUUUGGUGGAAGAAUAUGAGUUGAUUUCUGUACAAGUUAAGGCCACGUGAGUUCAAGUUGACAAGAUAGUUUAUCUUCUACUUUCUACCAAAAUACUAAAGCAUCUACUUCUAGGAAUAUACUGUGUUAACUCUGUUUUAACCCUGAUAAUUGUGUGCCUAGACAAACCCCACAACCCCAUGGUGAAUGCUGGAGCCAUUGUCAUCAGUUCUCUUAUCAAGGUAAAUAGGCAAGACAGCCUGCAGACCACCGUAUACAUGGUAUGAGUAUAUCCUGGCUGACUGAAUCGUCCCGUAAAAACAUCCCACCCUCGAUGAUGUGUCGGUGAUAUAAGUCACUGCUCAAUGGUUUCUGAAUCCACGUUUGUUGUAACCCAAGGACGGUUCAAUGGUUUCUGAAUCCACGUUUGUUGUAACCCAAGGACGGUUCAAUGGUUUCUGAAUCCACGUCUGUUGUAACCCAAGGACGGCUCAAUGGUUUCUGAAUCCACGUUUGUUGUAACCCAAGGACGGUUCAAUGGUUUCUGAAUCCACGUUUUGUUGAAACCCACGGACGGUUCAGUGUUUGACAUGUAAAACAAAUACAAACACAAAACCAAGAUCCAGGUCACCCUGCCAGCCUUGGACCCAACACUGACCUAGUUUGGCUUUGGCCCUGACGCUAGUCUUGGGUUAAAAUUGGAAAUCUUUCAAACACAAAACAUAAACAUUUGCUUUAGGCUGCCAGGUGGGCGGGCUGUGCUCUUCUCUGACUUUUCUAUUGGUCCCAUUGCAACAGUCAAGCUCAGUCAAACACAGCUAAAGUAUUUGAAAUUAUUUCGAACAGUAUUUGAACCCGGGUCUAUCUGGCAUGGCUGUAGAUAGUAGUCACAUGUACAGCAGUGUCGUCAGUGGUGUCGUCAGUAGUGUCGUCAGUGGUGUCGUCAGUACUGUCGUCAGUAGUGUAGUCAGUAGUGUAGUCAGUGGUCUCGUCAGUAGUCUCGUCAGUAGUGUCGUCAGUGGUGUCGUCAGUGGUGUCGUCAGUGGUUUCGUCAGUGGUGUCGUCAGUACGUCAGUAGUGUCGUCAUUAGGGUUGUCAGUAGUGUUGUCAGUAGUGUCGUCAGUAGUGUCGUCAGUGGUGUAGUCAGUGGUGUCAGUGGUGUCGUCAGUAGUGUCGUCAGUAAUGUAGUCAGUAGUGUUGUCAGUAGUAUCGUCAGUGGUGUCAUCAGUAGUGUCGUCAGUAGUGUCGUCAGUGGUGUCGUCAGUAGUGUCAGUAGUGCCGUCAGUACAUCAGUAGUGUUGUCAGUAGUGUAGUCAGUAGUGUCGUCAUUAGGGUAGUCAGUAGUGUCGUCAGUUGUGUCGUCAGUAGUGUAGUCAGUAGUGUCGUCAGUAGUGUCGUCAGUUGUGUCGUCAGUAGUGUAGUCAGUAGUGUCGUCGUCAGUGGUUUCGUCAGUGGUGUCGUCAGUUGUGUCGUCAGUACGUCAGUAGUGUCGUCAUUAGGGUUGUCAGUAGUGUUGUCAGUAGUGUCGUCAGUAGUGUCGUCAGUGGUGUAGUCAGUGGUGUCGGCAGUAGUGUCGUCAGUAGUGUCAGUGGUGUCGUCAGUAGUGCCGUCAGUACAUCAGUAGUGUCGUCAGUAGUGUAGUCAGUAGUGUCGUCAUUAGGGUAGUCAGUAGUGUCGUCAUUAGGGUAGUCAGUAGUGUCGUCAGUAGUGUCGUCAGUAGUGUCGUCAGUAGUGUCGUCAGUUGUGUCGUCAGUAGUGUAGUCAGUAGUGUCGUCGUCAGUGGUUUCGUCAGUGGUGUCGUCAGUUGUGUCGUCAGUACGUCAGUAGUGUCGUCAUUAGGGUUGUCAGUAGUGUUGUCAGUAGUGUCGUCAGUAGUGUCGUCAGUGGUGUAGUCAGUGGUGUCGGCAGUAGUGUAGUCAGUGGUGUAGUCAGUGGUGUCGGCAGUAGUGUAGUCAGUGGUGUCAUCAGUAGUGUCGUCAGUAGUGUCGUCAGUGGUGUCGUCAGUAGUGUCGUCAGUAGUGUAGUCAGUAGUGUUGUCAGUGGUGUCAUCAGUAGUGUCGUCAGUAGUGUCGUCAGUGGGGUCGUCAGUAGUGUCACUGGUGUCGUCAGUAGUGCCGUCAGUAGUGUUGUCAAUAGUAUCGUCAGUUGUGUCGUCAGUAGUGUAGUCAGUACAUCAGUAGUGUCGUCAUUAGGGUAGUCAGUAGUGUCGUCAUUAGGGUAGUCAGUAGUGUUGUCAGUAGUGUCGUCAGUACAUCAGUAGUGUCGUCAUUAGGGUAGUCAGUAGUGUCGUCAUUAGGGUAGUCAGUAGUGUCGUCAGUUGUGUCGUCAGUAGUGUAGUCAGUAGUGUAGUCAGUAGUGUCGUCAGUAGGGUCGUCAGUGGUGUAGUCAGUGGUGUCGUCAGUAGGGUAGUCAGUAGUGUCGUCAUUAGGGUAGUCAGUAGUGUCGUCAGUUGUGUCGUCAGUAGUGUAGUCAGUUGUGUAGUCAGUAGUGUCGUCAGUAGGGUCGUCAGUAGUGUAGUCAGUGGUGUCGUCAGUAGUGUAUUCAGUAGGGUAGUCAGUAGGGUAGUCAGUAGUGCCGUCAGUAGUGUUGUGUGUUCUUAACGCUUUGAACCUGGUUGUGCCAUCUUUACUGCUCUCCUCUCACCCUCACACCGUGCGGGGGGAGGGACCCUGAGAUGGGUGGGAGCAUCAGCAUAGCCAAUUAUUGUGGCUCUUUGGAGAGGUGUGUGUGCAUGCUUGUGUCGCUAUCUCAGUCAGAGAGAGAGAGAAGGCAGAUAGACAGCAGGGAAGGAUAUAUUAUAUAUAAAGACGAAUGGGGCUCCAAGUGGGAGUUAGAUAAGGAAGACCGAGAUAGCCUGAAGGAAUAACAGGAGGGUUUAAGUCUGGAUUUCUGCUUAUCUGUUCAGAAUUCAUCUUCAAUUGAAUAGAUAUACUGAAAUGGAAAUGUUACGGUGUAAUACAUCUUUGUGAAGCAAACAAUCUUAUUUAUACCCCAAUACAGGACAUGUAUUGACAUAUGAUAUUUGGGGUCACUUGGGCCAUCACUGCUAUGCUAUUGAAUUUGUAUACAGUAAAAUAAUGUUAUUUCACAAGCAAAUCCGCCCUAUCAGUGAUUGAUCAGUGAUAUACAGUGGGGAAAAAAAGUAUUUAGUCAGCCACCAAUUGUGCAAGUUCUCCCACUUAAAAAGAUGAGAGAGGCCUGUAAUUGUCACGCCCUGGCUCUGGGGACACUGUUAUGUUGAGCCAGGGUGUGAAAUUCUAUGUUUGUAUUUCUAUGUUGGCCUGAGUGACUCCCAAUCAGAGGCAACGAGUGUCAGCUGGUUGUCUCUGAUUGGGAGCCAUAUUUAACUGUCUGUCUUUCACUUUGUGUUUGUGGUUUCUUGUUCGUGUUGGUUUGUGUUGAAACCAUAGACGUCAUGUUUUUCGUUUUGAUCGUGUGAUCAUUAAAUAAAUAUAAAUAUGUUCACCUUCAACGCUGCGCAUUGGUCCUCCUCCUUAGACGAUCGUGACAGAAGAAACCACCAAGAUGUGACCAAGCAGCGUGUCCAGGAGCCAUCGCCAGGGAGAUCCCUAACAGAUCUCCUUCGCCUCCUCGACUGGGUCAAGCCGAGUGAGGAAGAGAAGGGCUUGACAUUGUGGCAGAAGGGCGAAAGGCUGGCGAGGGACAUGGAGACCUGGUCCACGGGUAGGGGAGACGCCCAGAAAUUUUUUAGGGGGGGGCUAACGCCGUUGACGACGGGCCAGCAGGAGACCGCGGCAGAGCGGCCCAGCGGAUUGGCAGAGGAGGCCGCCAGGUUACGGGGGCCACUGGUCGAAGAGGGGGUGGAAGAUGUAGAGGCACGGCGAGAGGUACUGGCGUGUGUUGCCAGUCCGGUCCGGCCUGUUCCUGAUCCCCACGUAGGGCCAGUGGUGUGUGUUCCCAGUACGGUCCGGCCUGUUCCUGCCACUCGCACCAAGUCUACGGUGCGCAUCGCCAGCUCGGCCCUGCCCAUUCCUGCUCCCCGCACCGAGUCAGUGGUGCGUUUCGUCAGCCCUGUCCGGCCCAUUCCUGCUCUCCGCACCAAGUCUGUGGUGCGCGUCGCCAGCCCAGUCCGGCCCAUUCCUGCUCCCCGCACCAAGUCUGUGGUGCGUUUCGUCAGCCCUGUCCGGCCCGUUCCUGCUCCCCGUACCAAGUCAGUGGUGCGCGUCGUCAGCCCGGCACGGCCCGUUCCUGCUCCCCGCACCAAGUCAGUGGUGAGCUUCGUCAGCCCGGUCCGGCCCGUUCCUGCUCCCCGUACCAAGUCAGUGGUGCGCGUCGUCAGCCCGGCACGGCCCGUUCCUGCUCCCCGCACCAAGUCAGUGGUGAGCUUCGUCAGCCCGGUCCGGCCCGCUCCUGCUCCCCACACCAAGCCAGUGGUGUGCGUCGUCAGUCCGGCACGGCCCGUGCCUGUUCCACCGGUGGCGGGUCCGGCACCGGUCAGGUGCUGCGUCACGCCGGAGCUAGAGCAAUCCGCUCCACCAGUGUUCAGUUCAGCUCUGGUCAGCAGGGCCAGAUCGGACCAGGGGUACUUUGGGGGGUUAGAGAAGGAGUGGGGAUCAUGCCCGGAGCCGGAUCCGCCGCCUAGGCGGAGUGCCCACCCGGUCCCUCCCCUGUGGUAUUUAGUUGGCGCGGUCGGAGUCCGCGCCUUUAGGGGGGGGUACUGUCACGCCCUGGCUCUGGGGACACUGUUAUGUUGAGCCAGGGUGUGAAAUUCUAUGUUUGUAUUUCUAUGUUGGCCUGAGUGACUCCCAAUCAGAGGCAACGAGUGUCAGCUGGUUGUCUCUGAUUGGGAGCAGGGACGGCUUGUUCAAUAGGGCGAUAUGGGCGACGCACUGCCAAACGGGAAAAGGAAGGGAUUUUUUUUCUAAUCAAUUAUAUCACGGCAACAGCAGUUAUCAGUGUUCACGUCUGAUCUGCCAGCCACUAAAUGUCAAAUCAGGCUAAAGUCGUGCUUCAAAUGGCCCCGCCCGUUUUUGGGGCGAUUUCAGUCAAGUUGAAAAUCGCCCAGAAGUCUCUCAUAGCCUGUCAUGUAAAAUCUAUUUUUUUCACAUUUCAAAGCUUUCAAUACAUUCUCUAUGGGUGUCUGUGGGCAUGCACUUACGCGCUUUCGUCAUACGUGACGUAACGUUGAACGUAACUAAGACAAUGGCGGCUAGCAGCGUCUCUGUUGCGACCUGCAGUGCGGCGUUAUUUUAUGUUUUUAAUUUGUAGACUUAGUUUACAAACAUUCUGCCAACCAUGGAUUUCCAGUGGUUGGUUUUGGACUGAUCUUGUUGAUCGUGUACAUACCCGCUACGAACGGACUAAAUAAUGAAAACGCUGCUGGCAGCUGAAUCCCAAUACAGCUGGGAGACUUGGCUGGAUGAGUCCCGGACAGAGAAGUGGAGCCGGCCACCUUCACCCUGGUCAGAGCGGACCGCGAUCCUGGUAAGAGAGCGACUCUGUACCCCGACAUUGAACUGCUUUCUGUGUCAUUGCGACCUUACUAUCAAUUCAAUUCAAUUUAAGGGCUUUAUUGGCAAGGGAAACGUGUGUUAACAUUGCCAAAGCAAGGGAAGUAGAUAGUAAACAAAAGUGAAAUAAACAAUAAAUAUUAACAGUAAACAUUACACUCAGAAGUUUCAAAAGAAUAAAGACAUUUCAAAUGUCAUAUUAUGUAUAUAUACAGUGUUGUUACAAUGUGCAAAUAGUUAAAGUACAAAUGGGAAAAUAAAUAAACAUAAAUAUGGGUUGUAUUUACAAUGGUGUUUGUUCUUCACUGGUUGCCCUUUUCUUGUGGCAACAGGUCACAAAUCUUGCAGCUGUGAUGGCACACUGUGGUUUUUCACCCAGUAGAUAAGGGAGUUUAUCAAAAUUGGGUUUGUUUUCGAAUUCUUUGUGGAUCGCUGUAAUCUGAGGGAAAUAUGUGUCUCUAAUAUGGUCAUACAUUUGGCAGGAGGUUAGGAAGUGCAGCUCAGUUUCCACCUCAUUUUGUGGGCAGUGUGCACAUAGCCUGUCUUCUCUUGAGAGCCAGGUCUGCCUACGGCGGCCUUUCUCAAUAGCAAGGCUAUGGUCACUGAGUCUGUACAUAGUCAAAGCUUUCCUUAAGUUUGGGUCAGUCACAGUGGUCAGGUAUUCUGCCACUGUGUACUCUCUGUUUAGGGCCAAAUAGCAUUCUAGUUUGCUCUGUUUUUUUGUUUGUUCUUUCCAAUGUGUCAAGUAAUUCUCUUUUUGUUUUCUCAUGAUUUGGUUGGGUCUAAUUGUGUUGUUGUUGUUGUUGUUGUUGUUGUCCUGGGGCUGUGUGGGGUCUGUUUGUGUUUGUGAACAGAGGCCCAGGACAAGCUUACUUAGGGGACUCUUCUCCAAGUUCAUCUCUCUGUAGGUGAUGGCUUUGUUAUGGAAGGUUUGGGAAUCGCUUCCUUUUAAGUGGUUACUAUCUGCCCCGUGAGUUCCCCCAAUUGUUUGUUACCGUUGUGUACUGUUGAUAAUCACAAGUUUACUGGAGAACUGAGACCAAGUAGAGACUUUGGACAGGGUGGAUAUGGUAUAAUAAAGGCAGUUUAUUCAGAGGUAAAGAUAUCUGGAAUCGCGUGCACGGACUCGUGCAAGUGUGUAGGUCACCUAAAUCAUCAGAAAAAUUGCCCCUCCUGAGAAUUUUUUCAGGAGCCGCCACUGAUUGGGAGCCAUAUUUAACUGUCUGUCUUUCACUUUGUGUUUGUGGUUUCUUGUUCGUGUUGGUUUGUGUUGAAACCAUAGACGUCACGUUUUUCGUUUGUUGUUUUGAUCGUGUGAUCAUUAAAUAAAUAUAAAUAUGUUCACCUUCAACGCUGCGCAUUGGUCCUCCUCCUUAGACGAUCGUGACAGUAAUUUUCAUCAUAGGUACACGUCAACUAUGACAGACAAAAUGAGAAAAAUAAAUCCAGAAAAUCAUAUUGUAGGAUUUUUUAUGAAUUUAUUUGCAAAUUAUGGUGGAAAAUAAGUAUUUGGUCAAUAACAAAAGUUUCUCAAUACUUUGUUAUAUACCCUUUGUUGGCAAUGACACAGGUCAAACGUUUUCUGUAAGUCUUCACAAGGUUUUCACACACUGUUGCUGGUAUUUUGGUCCAUUCCUCCAUGCAGAUCUCCUCUAGAGCAGUGAUGUUUUGGGGCUGUCGCUGGGCAACACAGACUUUCAACUCCCUCCAAAGAUUUUCUAUGGGGUUGAGAUAAGUGGGAGAACUUGCACAAUUGGUGGCUGACUAAAUACUUUUUUUCCCCACUGUAUAAUGUGCCUGUUUCAGACUAGGUGCUGUUGAUUUGGAACAGGUGUAACUAUUGAAAGUGUCUGUAAACUGCUGAGACUUCAUGAAAAUCAUUACCGUUAUCUUUACAAGCCGCUAUCUACCGUACACACUGUGAAAACUGCUUGCUUUUGUCACCUUGUACAACGUUAGUAGGAUAUUGGGACAUCAUGAAUAAUACUAUAGUGAAGUUUUCAGCCUCCUGUAUCCUAAAAGUCCUGGAUAUUGGGACAUCAUGAAUAAUACUAUAGUAAAGUUUUCAGCCUCCUGUAUCCUAAAAGUCCUGGAUAUUGGGACAUCAUGAAUAAUACUAUAGUAAAGUUUUCAGCCUCCUGUAUCCUAAAAGUCCUGGAUAUUGGGACAUCAUUAAUAAUACUAUAGUAAAGUUUUCAGCCUCCUGUAUCCUAAAAGUCCUGGAUAUCGGGACAUCAUGAAUAAUACUAUAGUAAAGUUUUCAGCCUCCUGUAUCCUAAAAGUCCUUAUGAAGGCUGCUACCCUGUGGUUGACUUAGCUAAAGGCCUUUGAUGUGAUUGUCUUUUAUUGUUGCUUUUACAGUACAAGUCUGUUGUUCAUGUCUGUUCUUCCUCCCUCUCUGUGUCACUAGCCUGGCUCAAACAAAGCAGAGAAGUUUGACUAUGUGAGUACUAUACAGUGAGGGAAAAAAGUAUUUGAUCCCCUGCUGAUUUUGUACGUUUGCCCACUGACAAAGAAAUGAUCAGUCUAUAAUUUUAAUGGUAGGUUUAUUUGAACAGUGAGAGACAGAAUAACAACAAAAAAAUCCAGAAAAACGCAUGUCAAAAUUGUUAUGAAUUGAUUUGCAUUUUAAUGAGGGAAAAAGUAUUUGACCCCCUCUCAAUCAGAAAGAUUUCAGGCUGCCAGGUGUCUUUUAUACAGGUAACGAGGUGAGAUUAGGAGCACACUCUUAAAGGGAGUGCUCCUAAUCUCAGCUUGUUACCUGUAUAAAAGACACCUGUCCACAGAAGCAAUCAAUCAAUCAGAUUCCAAACUCUCCACCAUGGCCAAGACCAAAGAGCUCUCCAAGGAUGUCAGGGACAAGAUUGUAGACCUACACAAGGCUGGAAUGGGCUACAAGACCAUCGCCAAGCAGCUUGGUGAGAAGGUGACAACAGUUGGUGCGAUUAUUCGCAAAUGGAGGAAACACAAAAUAACUGUCAAUCUCCCUCGGCCUGGGGCUCCAUGCAAGAUCUCACCUCGUGGAGUUGCAAUGAUCAUGAGAACGGUGAGGAAUCAGUCCAGAACUACACGGGAGGAUCUUGUCAAUGAUCUCAAGGCAGCUGGUACCAUAGUCACCAAGAAAACAAUUGGUAACACACUACGCCGUGAAGGACUGAAAUCCUGCAGCGCCCGCAAGGUCCCCCUGCUCAAGAAAGCACAUAUACAUGCCCGUCUGAAGUUUGCCAAUUAACAUCUGAAUGAUUCAGAGGAGAACUGGGUGAAAGUGUUGUGGUCAGAUGAGUCCAAAAUCGAGCUCUUUGGCAUCAACUCAACUCGCCGUGUUUGGAGGAGGAGGAAUGCUGCCUAUGACCCCAAGAACACCAUCCCCACCGUCAAACAUGGAGGUGGAAACAUUAUGCUUUGGGGAUGUUUUUCUGCUAAGGGGACAGGACAACUUCACUGCAUCAAAGGGAUGAUGGACUGGGCCAUGUACCGUCAAAUCUUUAGCGAGAACCUCCUUCCCUCAGCCAGGGCAUUGAAAAUGGGUCGUGGAUGGGUAUUCCAGCAUGACAAUGACUCAUAACACACGGCCAAGGCAACAAAGGAGUGGCUCAAGAAGAAGCACAUUAAGGUAGCCAGUCUCCAGACUUUAAUCCCAUAGAAAAUCUGUGGAGGGAGCUGAAGGUUCGAGUUGCCAAAGGUCAGCCUCGAAACCUUAAUGACUAGGAGAAGAUCUGCAAAGAGGAGUGGAACAAAAUCCCUCCUGAGAUGUGUGGAAACCUGGUGGCCAACUACAAGAAACGUCUGACCUCUGUGAUUGCCAACAAGGGUUUUGCCACCAAGUACUAAGUCAUGUUUUGCAGAGGGGUCAAAUACUUAUUUCCCUCAUUAAAAUGCAAAUCAAUUCAUAACAUUUUUGACAUGCGUUUUUCUGGAUUUGUUUGUUGUUAUUCUGUCUCUCACUGUUCAAAUAAACCUACCAUUGAAAUUAUAGACUGAUCGUUUCUUUUGUCAGUGGGCAAACGUACAAAAUCAGCAUGGAAUCAAAUACUUUUUUUCCCCUCACUGUACAUAUCAUUAAUGUCAUCAUUCCAUACAUCUCACCUCACAUUGAUACGAAUAUAAUACCGUACAGUGGAACACACAAUACAAGCUUGACACAAUACCAUGCCGCACCACGCCGGCAAUUAUCUUGUGUCUUUGCCAUGGCAGAAUAACUAUAUCAGUCAUCCUUUCUGCUCAGGUGAUGGAUUUUAUCAAGAAGAUGGCUGGUCAAGAGUACGUGGGGUUCAGCAAUGCCACGUGAGUUUUAGCUAAUGUCUUAAUUUGCCAGAAAAAAUACAUUUCUAGAACAUUUUCUCUCUGUUUGUUGCAUUAUUGAUGUGAUGUUGUGAUGGACUUUCUUUGUCUCUGUGUCUCUCAGGUUCCAAUCUGAAAAAGAAACAGGCGACAGAAAUUUUGCAAUUGGAUACUACCUCAAAGAAAAGAAGGUCAGUAUGGUAGAGAGUGGAGCUUGUUUUAUAGCUUUGAAUGAAAAUAAAAAACAAAAGGGAACAUGUACAGUGCAUUCGGAAAGUAUUCAGACCCCUUGACCUUUUUGUUACUGUGAUGGAUUGAGAGGGUGGGUGUGUGAAGUCCGGUAUAUUCCUGCUCGUUGGCUACAUCUGCUGGCCAGGAGAGAGGAUGGCCCGGAAGUGUAAGAGCCUAAUUACACACACCUGAAUCUAAUUAGCUUGGAGCUUGGGCGGUGUCUGUUUUAACCUGGCUUUGGCCAGAUAUGUUGUUUUGGUCUGGAGCAGCAAGAGCUGACAUGCAGGGCCCUCCAACCCUGGGAGGAAUAUCGAACCCAAGUGGACCGGAACCUACCGGACGUUACUUGGCCGUAGGCCUGACCCAAGUAAGGACAAGCCUGGUGAAUUUCUGUUUUCUUUUGUUGGAUACGCUGGUAAACAGCUUAGCUGUCCGGUAGCAGAGAAGACCCGCGUAGAAAGGCUCAAAGAUGAGCUAGGUUUUGUUUUGGUUUUAUUGUUACCCAGCGCUGUGGGGCAUUCUGUUUCUUUCCCUGAAUAAAAGUCCUGGGUCGUUUCCCUGGAGAAAGGUUACAUUUUGUCUAUGUUUGUUACUUCACACUCUCGUCAGUUGUUGGCCAGCCCAGCCCCACCCCUGACCACUACACCGGUGGAGAAUGAGGGCAUUAUUCCUCCGGGCUUGAAGGGCAAGUGACAAGAGACUGUGAAGUAAUACUAGAUCAUGGAGAACUUCAUCAAGCAGCUGGCUCAUGACAGCCAGCCCCAGUUCAACAUGCACAGGGAGUUCUUUACGGAGCAAAGGAAUCAAAAUUCUAGGUUGCUGGCCCAACUACAGACCCUCCCCACUUGUGCUCCACAGGCGACCCCAGCCAGUGGACCCAACCCUGGCAGGUUCCUGUUGAAAAUGACAGAGGCGGAUGACAUGGAGUCCUACUUCUUAACCUUCGAGAGAACAGCAAUAUGGGAGGGUUGGCCCGAGAACACCUGGGCUGGGCUGCUUGAACCCUUCCUGGCUGGAGAAGCACAACGGGUCUACUAUGACCUAUCAGAUGACCAGGCUAAAGACUACAAGGUGGUUAAGGCAGCGGUUCUUGCCUGGUAUGGCGACACGUUAAUGACCCGGGCCUUGAAGUUCCAGGAAUGGACCUCUGUUUCCGCCCAGUCAGUUAGGGCCCAGAUGCACUAACUUAUCCGGCUGGCGAAGGCCUGGUUGCAGAGUGACCUCGCAGGGCCCAGCGUGGUGGAGAGAGUGGUAAUGGACCACUUCCUACGGGCCCUUCCCUAUGAUGCCAAGAAGGUGGCCAGCCAGGGCAAUCCACAGUCUGUGGACUAUCUAGUCCUCCUAGUGGAAAGCCACCAGACCACAAUGGCUCUGCUGAAGUCUGGUAAGAUGGACAAACCAAAGGGUAAGCUAAGGAAACAACCAGAGAGACUCCUGCCGCCCGAUAGGUCUGCCAAAUUCCCAGAGGUGGAGCCACCCCAACGACGUAGGGUCGGGCUAGACCCCGACCGAAGAAGGUGUUAUGAGUGUGGUGAGGUGGGACACGUGGCCUGGAACUGCCCCAGUAGAGAUGAACCCAUGCCCACGGCACACUCCAUGGACCCAGUUGGGGGGAGGCACUGUCACUUAAUGACCUCCUGUUGGACCCAUAAGGAGACACCAGCCCCCACAAUCCCAACCAAAGUAGAUGGAAGAGAUGCGGAAGCCCUGUUGGACUCUGGCAGUAUGGUGUCAUUGAUACAGCCACCGCUAGUAGGUGAGCACAAUCGUACCCCAGAGAAUCCCGUGGCAGUAUCCUGCAUUCACGGGGACACCAAGGAAUAUCCCAAGGCAGUGGUGAAGCUUACAACCCCUCAAGGGAACUGUCAACUUCAAGUAGGCCUAGUCCCAUAACCUUCCGGUACAUUCUGGUGGGUCGUGAUUGUCCUCUCUUUUCUAAACUGUAGGGGAAGCAGGAGGCCCGGUACAACCGUCAAGAACACCCCCCACCUGGGGCUCGGAGGAAAACCAAUCAGGCCACGGCCCAAGAACCCCUCCAACGGUCGACGAAAACCCCCAUCUGCGCUGCCCAGGGGAACCCGGAUGGGGCCUCCACUGAGCCGGGAUCAGAGGAAGAAUCAACACAACCCUUCGAUCCAUUCCCAGACUGGGAGCUGUCAGAGGAAGAUCUCGGAGAGGGGCCCCUCUGUCUCAACCUCAAAGGCCAGUUCGGAACGGCCCAGCUGGAGGACCCCAAUCUCUCCCAAGCGAGGGUCCAGGUCACCGAAGUAGAUGGAAAGAUGUUCCCUGUGGUGAGUGAAUUGACAUAUUAAGAUAUAUGUUGUGUUAUGCUAAAGAAGUCAAUUCUAAAGUUAACGAACUGUUGUGGGUCCCAAAACGGUAUGUCCCCAUCGUUUUGCAGUUAGCCCACUCACAUGUCCUUGGAGCCCACCUGGGGGUCCAGAAGACAAAGGACAGGGUCCUGGUGCGCUUCUACUGGCCGGGAGUGGUAAGAGCCGUAGAGGAUUAUUGCCGGUCAUGUCCCGAAUGCCAACUCACUGCAUCCUCUAAUCUCUCUUCCCAUCAUAGAUGUCCCCAUUGAGAGAAUUAUAAUGGACCUGGUGGGGCCCCUGGCAAAGUCCGCCAAAGGGCACCAAUAUAUCCUGAUGAUUCUGGACUAUGCUACCCGCUACCCAGAGGCCAUUCCCCUAAGAACUAUGACCUCGAAAGGUAUUGCCAAGGAACAGGUGAUGUGCUUCAGCCGAGUGGGGAUAGCCAAGGAGAUCCUCACCGGCCAGGGGACCCAUUUCAUGUCCCGGAUCAUGCAGGACUUGUGCAAGCUGCUGAAGGUAAAACAAAUCUGUACUUCUAUGUACCACCCUCAGACCAAUGGGCUAGUUGAAAGGUUUAAUAAAACCUUAAAGAGCAUGCUCCGUAAGGUAGUAGACCAGGAUGGAAGGAACUGGGACCAGUUGUUGCCAUAUUUGCUCUUUUCCAUAAGGGGGGUGCCCCAGGCAUACACUGGAUUCUCCCAGUUCGAGCUCCUAUAUGGAUGACAACCCCGGGGGCUCCUGAACAUUGCACAGGAGACCUGGGAGACUGAGCCAAGCCCGCAUCACAGUCUAAUCGACCAUGUGGCUGAAAUGGGUGAUCGGAUGCAGAAGUUGUGGCCAAUGGUAAGAGAGCAUAUGGCCCAAGCCCAAGAAGCGCAGAGGAGGGUAUUCAAUCGAGGAGCUCAACCCAGAGAAUUCCAGAAUGGGGAAAGAGUUCUGGUACUGGUGCCCACAACAGAGAAUACGUUUCUGGCCACCUGGAAGGGGCCAUAUGAGAUCCUGGAGAAGAUGAGUCCAGUGAACUACACAGUUCAGCAGCCAGGGCGCCGGAAGCCGGUGCAAAUAUACCACAUUAUCCUUCUCAAAAAGUGGCACGCCCGAGAGGCGUUGCUUGUUGUUGCUGUGUCCCCUGUCCCCACAGAAGCGGCUCGAGAGGAGGUUGCCAUCAACACACAGCUUACAAAACUAAAGUGGCAAGAGAUGGGGGAACUAGUGGACCAGAGCAGGGAUGUCUUCUCUCCCCUCCCAAGGCGCACAACCUUGACGCACCGCCACAUCCACACAAAACCCGGAAAGAAGGUAACAUUACAGCCUUAUAGGAUCCCAAAGGCCAGACGGGUGGCCAUCAAAAAGGAGGAGGACCAGAUGCUAAAGAUGGGGAUUAUGGCUCCAGAGGCGAGGGAGAAGACAGCCUUUGCCAGGCCUACAGGGCCGUACCAUUACACGGUUCUACCCUUCGGCCUGCAUGGAGCUCUGCCUACUCUUAAGAGGCUAAUGUAUAGGGUCCUGAGACCCCACAGUGAGUACUCAGCAGCAUAUUUGGAUGACGUGACUGUGUACAGCCCUAACUGGGGAAUUUCACCUGAAGCAACUCAACGCUGUCUUGGAGGCUCUUCGCAGAGCAGGUCUAACCGCCAAUGCAGAAAAAUGCAGACUGGAACUUGAGGAAGCAGAGUACCUGGGCUUCACCAUCGGGAGGGGCAACGUCAAACCGCAAGAGACAAUGGCCACGGCCCCAAACCAAGUCUCAGGUAAAAACCUUUGAGGGGCUAACCAGCUAUUACAGUAGGUUCAUUCCUAACUAUGCAACUGUAGCUUGUCCUCUCACAGACCUGACCAAAAAGACCCAGCCCAAGAGGGUCAGGUGGACUGACAAAGCAGAAGAAGCCUUCCAGAACGUGAAGGAGGCCAUGUGCUCCGGAACUGUCUUGGUGAUGCCAAACUUUGGGAGAGAGAUGGUGGUCCAGACUGAUGCCUCCGACACAGGGGUGGGAGCGGUCUUGUCCCGAGAAGUACGAGGGGAGGAGCAUCCCAUCCUAUACAUGAGGCCGGAAGCUGUUGCCCCGAGAAACCAAAUACUCAACAGUGGAGAAAGAGCACCUAGCGGUGCAGUGGGCAUUGAAGAAAUUAAAGUACUAUCUCCUGGGACGACACUUCACUCUGGUCACGGACCAUGCUCCUCUAGUCUGGAUGUCCACGAACAAGGAGACCAACGAUAGAGUGACCAGGUGGUUUCUCUCACUCCAACAGUACCAUUUCUCUGAUGUUCACAGGUCCGGGUCGAAACACGGGAAUACAGACGCCUUGUCCCGCCAGAACGCUCUGUGGACGAUGGCCGCCCCGCCCUCCAGAUCAGAGCUGAGGAGGGAGGUGUGUGAUGGAGUGAGAGGGUGGGUGUGUGAAGGCCGGUAUAUUCCUGCUCGUUGGCUACAUCUGCUGGCCAGGAGAGAGGAUGGCCCGGAAGUGUAAGAGCCUAAUUACACACACCUGAAUCUAAUUAGCUUGGAGCUUGGGCGGUGGCUGUUUUAACCUGGCUUUGGCCAGAUCUGUUUUUUUGGUCUGGAGCAGCAAGAGCUGACAUGCAGGGCCCUCCAACCCUGGGAGGAAUAUCGAACACAAGUGGACCGGAACCUACCGGACGUUACUUGGCCAUAGGCCUGACCCAAGUAAGGACAAGCCUGGUGAAUUUCUGUUUUCUUUUGUUUGAUACGCCGGUAAACAGCUUAGCUCUCCUGUAGCAGAUAGGGACUGGAAGACCCUGGUAGAAAGGCUCAAAGACAAGCUAGGUUUUGUUUUGGUUUUAUUGUUACCCAGCGCUGUGGCGCAUUCGGUUUCUUUCCCUGAAUAAAAGUCCUGGGUCGUUUCCCUGGAUAAAAGUCCUGGGUCGUUUCCCUGGAUAAAAGUCCUGGGUCAUUUCCCUGAAUAAAAGUCCUGGGUCAUUUCCCUGAAUAAAAGUCCUGGGUCAUUUCCCUGAAUAAAAGUCCUGGGUCGUUUCCCUGGAUAAAAGUCCUGGGUCGUUUCCCUGGAUAAAAGUCCUAGGUCGUUUCCCUGGAUAACAGUCCUGGGUCGUUUCCCUGGAUAACAGUCCUGGGUCGUUUCCCUGAAUAAAGGUCCUGGGUUGUUUCCCUGGAGAAAGGUUAAUUUUUGUCUACGCUUGUGUUACUUCACACUCUCGUCAGUUGUUGGCCAGCCCGGCCCCACCCCUGACCGCUACAGUUACGUUACAGCCUUAUCUAAAAUGUAUGAUCGGUUUUUUUGGUCACAAUACCCCAUAAUGACAAAGCAAAAACAGCUUUGUAUACAUUUUAGGAAAUGUAUUUAAAAUAAAACAAAUGAAAUCACAUUUACAUAAGUAUUCAGAUCCUUUGCUCAGUACUUUGUUGAAGCACCUUUGGCAGCGAUUACAGCCUCGCGACUUCUUGGGUAUGAAGCUACAAGCUUGGUACACCUGUAUUUGGGGAGUUUCUCCCAUUCUUCUCUGCAGAUCCUCUCAAUCUCUGUCAGGUUGGAUGGGGAGCGUUGCUGCACAGCUAUUUCCAGGUCUCAGGUUCAAGUCCAGGCUCUGGCUAGACAUUCAGAGACUUGUCCCGAAGCCACUCCUGCGUUGUCUUGGCUGUGUGCUUAGGGUCGUUGUCCUGUUGGAAGGUGAACUUUCGCCUCAGUCUGAGGUCCUGAGCGCUCUGGAGCAGGUUUUCAUCAAGGAUCUCUCUGUACUUUGCUCCGUUCAUCUUUCCCUCAAUCCUGAAUAGUCUCCCAGUCCCUGCCGCUGAAAAACAUCCCCACAGCAUGAUGCUGCCACCACCAUGCUUCACCAUAGGGAUGGUGCCAGGUUUCCUCCAGACGUGACGCUUGGCAUUCAGGCCAAAGAGUUCAAUCUUGGUUUCAUCAGACCAGAGAAUCUUGUUUCUACUGUAAACCAUAUGAGAGAUAUGGAUGACUCUUAGAUAUUAAUGUUCUGUGUGUAACAUUGAUCAUUAUAAACUGGGUGGUUUGAGCCCUGAAUGCUGAUUGGCUGAAAGCUGUGGUAUAUCAGACCCUAUGCCACUGGUAUGACAAAACAUUUAUUUUUACUCUUCUAAUUAACCUUGGUAACCAGUUUAUGAUAGCAAUAAGGCACCUCGGGGGUUUGUGGUAUAUGGCCAAUAUUACAUGGCUAAGGGCUGUGUUCAGGCACUCCGCGAUGCGUCAUGCUUACGAACAGCCUUUAGCCGUGGUAUUUUGGCCGUAUACCACACCCCAUCGGGCCUUAUUGCUAUAAUAAACUGGUUUCCAUCUGCAUUGUUUUCCCCAUGGGGCAGAAAUGAUAUUAUAAACUGGUUUCCAUCUGCAGUGUUUUCCCCGUGGGGCAGAAAUGAUAUUAUAAACUGGUUUCCAUCGGCAGUGUUUUCCCCGUGGGGCAGAAAUGAUAUUAUAAACUGAUUUCCAUCUGCAGUGUUUUCCCAGUGGGGCAGAAAUGAUUGAUGCACUGGACUUCUACUUCCAGGUAAACGAUACUUCCUCAAGAUAGCACUUUACCACACUGUGAUAAUGUAACAGGGUUAUGCUAUUUAUAUGCUGUAUAUUUCUGCUAAUGCAUCAUAAUGAUUUAUUACUGGAAAAUGUCAUAAUGUCGUUUCUUUACAGUAUGUAUGAGUCACAGACACUGUAUUUCUCCCUAUGUUUGAGUAAAUAAAUGAUUUCCUUUCAGCUGUGUUCCAUAGAGGUGACCUGUGAGUCUGGGAGUGUCAUGGCAGCUACGCUGGCCCACGGGGGAAUCUGCCCAAUCACAGGCGAGCGGGUGCUGAGUGCCGAGGCCGUACGGAAUACCCUGAGUCUCAUGCACUCCUGCGGCAUGUACGACUUCUCUGGACAGAUGGCCUUCCAUGUAAGUCAUACUGUAGUUAUAUAGUAGUCAUAAAGUAGCUAUAUAGUAGUCAUAUAGUAGUUAUACAGCAGUCAUAUAGUAGUUAUAUAGUAGUCAUAUAGUAGUUAUAUAGUAGUUAUAUAGUAGUCAUAUAGUAGUUAUAUAGUAGUCAUAUAGUAGUUAUACAUUAGUCAUAUAGUAGUCAUAUAGUAGUCAUAUAGUAGUUAUAUAGUAGUUAUAUAGUAGUCAUAUAGUAGUUAUACAGCAGUCAUAUAGUAGUUACAUAGUAGUUAUAUAGUAGUCAUAUAGUAGUUAUAUAGUAGUCAUAUAGUAGUCAUAUAGUAGUUAUAAAGCAGUCAUAUAGUAGUCAUAUAGUAGUUAUAUAGUAGUUAUAUAGUAGUCAUAUAGUAGUUAUACAGCAGUCAUAUAGUAGUCAUAUAGUAGUUAUAUAGUAGUCAUAUAGUAGUUAUACAGCAGUCAUAUAGUAGUCAUAUAGUAGUCAUAUAGUAGUUAUACAGCAGUCAUAUAGUAGUCAUAUAGUAGUUAUAUAGUAGUUAUACAGCAGUCAUAUAGUAGUAAUAUAGUAGUCAUAUAGUAGUUAUAUAGUAGUUAUAUAGUAGUUAUACAGCAGUCAUAUAGUAGUCAUAUAGUAGUCAUAUAGUAGUUAUAUAGUAGUCAUAUAGUAGUCAUAUAGUAGUCAUAUAGUAGUCGUAUAGUAGUUAUACAGCAGUCAUAUAGUAGUUAUAUAGUAGCUAUACAGCAGUCAUAUAGUAGUUAUAUAGUAGUUAUAUAGUAGUCAUAUAGUAGUUAUAUAGUAGUCAUAUAGUAGUUGUAUAGUAGUUAUACAGCAGUCAUAUAGUAGUCAUAUAGUAGUCAUAUAGUAGUCAUAUAGUAGUUAUAUAGUAGUCGUAUAGUAGUCAUAUAGUAGUUAUACAGCAGUCAUAUAGUAGUCAUAUAGUAGUUAUACAGCAGUCAUAUAGUAGUCAUAGAGUAGUCAUAUAGUAGUUAUGUAGUAGUUAUACAGCAGUCAUAUAGUAGUCAUAUAGUAGUUAUAUAGUAGUCAUAUAGUAGUUAUAUAGUAGUCAUAUAGUAGUCAUAUAGUAGUCGUAUAGUAGUUAUACAGCAGUCAUAUAGUAGUUAUAUAGUAGCUAUACAGCAGUCAUAUAGUAGUUAUAUAGUAGCUAUACAGCAGUCAUAUAGUAGUUAUAUAGUAGUUAUAUAGUAGUUAUAUAGUAGUCAUAUAGUAGUUAUAUAGUAGUUGUACAGCAGUCAUAUAGUAGUCAUAUAGUAGUCAUAUAGUAGUUAUAUCGUAGUCGUAUAGUAGUCAUAUAGUAGUUAUACAGCAGUCAUAUAGUAGUCAUAUAGUAGUUAUACAGCAGUCAUAUAGUAGUCAUAUAGUAGUUAUAUAGUAGUUAUACAGCAGUCAUAUAGUAGUCAUAUAGUAGUUAUAUAGUAGUCAUAUAGUAGUUAUAUAGUAGUCAUAUAGUAGUCAUAGAGUAGUUAUAUAGUAGUCAUAUAGUAGUCAUAUAGUAGUUAUAUAGUAGUUAUAUAGUAGUCAUAUAGUAGUCAUAUAGUAGUUAUACAGCAGUCAUAUAGUAGUCAUAUAGUAGUCAUAUAGUAGUCAUAUGGUAGUCAUAUAGUAGUCAUAUAGUAGUUAUACAGCAGUCAUAUAGUAGUCAUACAGCAGUCAUAUAGUAGUCAUAUAGUAGUUAUAUAGUAGUCAUAUAGUAGUUAUAUAGUAGUCAUAUAGUAGUCAUAUAGUAGUUAUACGGCAGUCAUAUAGUAGUCAUAUAGUAGUUAUAUAGUAGUCAUAUAGUAGUUAUAUAGUAGUUAUAUAGUAGUCAUAUAGUAGUCAUAUAGUAGUUAUACAGCAGUCAUAUAGUAGUCAUAUAGUAGUUAUAUAGUAUCAUUUAACAUUUACAUUUAAGUCAUUUAGCAGACGCUCUUAUCCAGAGCGACUUACAAAUUGGUGCAUUCACCCUAUAGCCAGUGGGUUAACCACUUUACAAUAAAAAAAAUUGUUAUUUUUUUGUUCUUUAUUUAUUUUUAUUAAUUUUUUUUUUUUAUUAAUUUUUUUUUUUGGGGGGGGGCGGGGGGGGUAGAAGGAUUACUUCAUCCUAUCCCAGGUAUUCCUUAAAGAGGUGGGGUUUCAAAUGUCUCCGGAAGGUGGUGAGUGACUCCGCUGUCCUGGCGUCGUGAGGGAGCUUGUUCCACCAUUGGGGUGCCAGAGCAGCGAACAGUUUUGACUGGUCUGAGCGGGAACUAUGCUUCCGCAGAGGAAGGGGAGCCAGCAGGCCAGAGGUGGAUGAACGCAAUGCCCUCGUUUGGGUGUAGGGACUGAUCAGAGCCUGAAGGUACGGUGGUGCCGUUCCCCUCACUGCUCCAUAGGCAAGCACCAUGGUCUUGUAACGGAUGCGAGCUUCAACUGGAAGCCAGUGGAGUGUGCGGAGGAGGGGGGUGACGUGAGAGAUCUUGGGAAGGUUGAACACCAGACGGGCUGCGGCAUUCUGGAUGAGUUGUAGGGGUUUAAUGGCACAGGCAGGGAGCCCAGCCAACAGCGAGUUGCAGUAAUCCAGACGGGAGAUGACAAGUGCCUGGAUUAGGACCUGUGCUGCUUCCUGUGUAAGGCAGGGUCGUACUCUCCGAAUGUUGUAGAGCAUGAACCUGCAGGAUCGGGUCACCGCCUUGAUGUUAGCGGAGAACGACAGGGUGUUGUCCAGGGUCACGCCAAGGCUCUUCGCACUCUGGGAGGAGGACACAACGGAGUUGUCAACCGUGAUGGCGAGAUCAUGGAACGGGCAGUCCUUCCCCGGGAGGAAGAGCAGCUCCGUCUUGCCAGUGUUCAGCUUGAGGUGGUGAUCCGUCAUCCAUACUGAUAUGUCGGCCAGACAUGCAGAGAUGCGAUUCGCCACCUGGUUAUCAGAAGGGGGAAAGGAGAAGAUUAGUUGUGUAUCGUCAGCGUAGCAAUGAUAGGAGAGGCCAUGUGAGGAUAUGACAGAGCCAAGUGACUUGGUGUAUAGGGAGAAAAGGAGAGGGCCUAGAACUGAGCCCUGGGGGACACCAGUGGUGAGAGCACGUGGUGCGGAGACAGCUUCUCGCCACGCCACUUGGUAGGAGCGACCGGUCAGGUAGGACGCAAUCCAGGAGUGAGCCGCGCCGGAGAUGCCCAGCUCGGAGAGGGUGGAGAGGAGGAUCUGAUGGUUCACAGUAUCAAAGGCAGCAGACAGGUCUAGAGGGACAAGAGCAGAGGAGAGAGAGUUAGCUUUAGCAGUGCGGAGAGCCUCCGUGACACAGAGAAGAGCAGUCUCAGUUGAAUGACCAGUCCUGAAACCUGACUGGUUUGGAUCAAGAAGGUCAUUCUGAGAGAGAUAGCAAGAGAGUUGGCUAAAGACGGCACGCUCAAUAGUUUUGGAAAGAAAAUAAAGAAGGGAUACUGGUCUGUAGUUGUUGACAUCAGUGGGAUCGAGUGUUGGUUUUUUGAGAAGGGGUGCAACUCUCGCUCUCUUGAAGACGGAAGGGACAUGGCCAGCGGUCAAGGAUGAGUUGAUCAGCGAGGUGAGGUAGGGGAGAAGGUCACCGGAGAUGGUCUGGAGAAGAGGGGAUGGGGUCAAGCGGGCAGGUUGUUGGGCGGCCUGCAGUCACUAGUCGCAAGAUUUUAUCUGGAGAGAGAGGGGAGAAAGAAGUCAAAGCAUAGGGUAGGGCAGUGUGAGCAGGACCAGCAGUGUCAUUAGACUUAACAAACGAGGAUCGGAUGUCGUCAACCUUCUUUUCAAAGUGGUUGACGAAGUCAUCCACAGAGAGGGAGGGGGGGGGGGGGGGGGGGGGGGGGGGUGAGGGGGGGAGGAUUCAGCAGUGAGGAGAAUGUGGCAAAGAGCUUCCUAGGGUUAGAGGCAGAUGCUUGGAAUUUAGAGUGGUAGAAAGUGGCCUUAGCAGCAGAAACAGAUGAAGAAAAUGUAGAGAGGAGGGAGUGAAAAGAUGCCAGGUCGGCAGGGAGUUUAGUUUUCUUCCAUUUCCGCUCCGCUGCCCGGAGCUCUGUUCUGUGAGCUCGCAAUGAGUCAUCAAGCCACGGAGCUGGAGGGGAGGACCGAGCCGGCCGGGAGGAUAGGGGACACAGGGAGUCAAAGGAUGCAGAAAGGGAGGAGAGGAGGGUUGAGGAGGCAGAAUCAGGAGAUUGGAGGGAGAAGGAUUGAGCAGAGGGAAGAGAUGAUAGGAUGGAAGAGGAGAGAGUAGUGGGAGAGAGAGAGCGAAGGUUGCGGCGGCGCGUUACCAUCUGUGUAGGGGCAGAGUGAGUAGUGUUGGAGGAGAGCGAGAGAGAAAAGGAUACAAAGUAGUGGUCGGAGACAUGGAGGGGAGUUGCAGUGAGAUUUGUAGAAGAGCAACAUCUAGUAAAGAUGAAGUCAAGCGUAUUGCCUGCCUUGUGAGUAGGGGGGGACGGUGAGAGGGUGAGGUCAAAAGAGGAGAGGAGUGGAAAGAAGGAGGCAGAGAGAAAUGAGUCAAAUGUAGACGUAGGGAGGUUGAAAUCCCCCAAAACUGUGAAGGGUGAGCCAUCCUCAGGAAAAGAACUUAUCAGGGCGUCAAGCUCUCCAAGGGAACUUGGAGGGCGAUAGAUGACAAGGAUAUUAAGCUUAAAUGGGCUAGUGACUGUGACAGCGUGGAAUUCAAAUGAGGAGAUAGACAGAUGGGUUAGGGGAAAAAUUGAGAAUGACCACUUGGGAGAGAUGAGGAUUCCUGUGCCACCACCCCUCUGACCAGAUGCUCUCGGGGUAUGCGAGAACACAUGGUCAGACGAGGAGAGAGCAGUAGGAGUAGCAGUGUUUUCAGUGGUAAUCCAUGUUUCCGUCAGCGCCAGGAAGUCGAGGGACUGGAGGGUAGCAUAGGCUGGGAUGAAGUCAGCCUUGUUGGCGGCAGAACGGCAGUUCCAGAGGCUGCCUGAGACCUGGAACUCCAGGUGUGUGGUGCGUGCAGGGACCACCAGGUUAGAGAGGCAGCAGCCACGCGGUGUGAGGCGUUUGUGUAGCCUGUGCGGAGAGGAGAGAACAGGGAUAGGCAGAGGCAUAGUUGACAGGCUGCAGCAGAUGGCUACAAUAAUGCAGAGGAGAUCGGAAUGAAAUGAACUAAACAUCUGGGAAAGGAGAGAGCAGGCCUCCCUCACCAAAAAAAUAUAACUCUCCCAACUUCCACCUCAGAAACUAUAAUUGUUUCACUGAACCACCCGAAUAAAACUCUCCCAACUUCCACUUUAGAAAUUAGAAUUGUUGUAAACUACAGCAGACUGUUAUCAGUAGCUGUAAUUAAGUACAGCAGCUACCAACCACGUAACGUUAAUGCCUCGGAUAAUGAGGUUAGAAAAACGGCUGAAUGGUGGCAGCUAGCUGGCUCAAUCACAGGUACUCUUGAGCGUGAAAUAACAUUGGAAACAACUAACCACAGUUGCUAAACGUUACCAGUAGCUACCCGCUAGCUAGCUAGCUAGCUUUGUUGGUCCAAGUAGUGGGUAAGCUAGCCUCGUGCUUCGCCGGGGUCCGCCGAAUAAAAUAAUUACCUACAAUAACCUACAAUAACUACCUGAGUAAACUACCUAUAAUACCUAACUACAAUACCUACCUACAAUCUAAAUACAUGAUUUAAGCUUUACUCAACACCAUAUAAGAAGCCAAGCUUACCUCCUGCUAGAGAAAACACAACCUCUCCCGACAAUGUAUCUGAAUGUGAGUAGUUAUAUAGUAGUUAUACAGCAGUCAUAUAGUAGUCAUAUAGUAGUCAUAUAGUAGUUAUACAGCAGUCAUAUAGUAGUCAUAUAGUAGUCAUAUAGUAGUCAUAUAGUAGUUAUACGGCAGUCAUACAGCAGUCAUAUAGUAGUCAUAUAGUAGUUAUAUAGUAGUCAUAGAGUAGUCAUAUAGUAGUCAUAUAGUAGUUAUAUAGUAGUCAUAUAGUAGUUAUAUAGUAGUCAUAUAGUAGUCAUAUAGUAGUUAUAUAGUAGUCAUAUAGUAGUUAUAUAGUAGUUAUAUAGUAGUUAUAUAGUAGUCAUAUAGUAGUUAUAGAGUAGUUAUAUAGUAGUCAUAUAGUAGUUAUAUAGUAGUCAUAUAGUAGUUAUACAGCAGUCAUAUAGUAGUUAUAUAGUAGUCAUAUAGUAGUCAUAUAGUAGUCAUAGAGUAGUUAUAUAGUAGUUAUAGAGUAGUUAUAGAGUAGUUAUAUAGUAGUCAUAUAGUAGUUAUAUAGUAGUCAUAGGGUAGUCAUAUAGUAGUUAUACAGCAGUCAUAUAGUAGUCAUAUAGUAGUCAUAUAGUAGUUAUAUAGUAGUUAUAUAGUAGUUAUAUAGUAGUCAUAUAGUAGUUAUAUAGUAGUUAUACAGCAGUCAUAUAGUAGUCAUAUAGUAGUCAUAUAGUAGUUAUAUAGUAGUUAUACAGCAGUCAUAUAGUAGUCAUAUAGUAGUUAUAUAGUAGUUAUAUAGUAGUUAUAUAGUAGUCAUAUAGUAGUUAUACAGCAGUCAUAUAGUAGUCAUAUAGUAGUCAUAGAGUAGUUAUAUAGUAGUCAUAGAGUAGUCAUAUAGUAGUCAUAUAGUAGUUAUAUAGUAGUUAUACGGCAGUCCUAAGAUACAGUAGGGAAAGGUAUGCAACUACCUAUGUAUAUGUAUUUAAACAUGUACUGUACAUGUUUUGCAUUCUAUGUUAUGUGUCUUGAAUGUAGCAAUCCAUCACCACAUUUUAAGUUCCCUCUCAGGAAAUAAAAGCUAUUUGAAUUUAAAUGAAUUAAUUGUGUAGUAGCCUAAACUAAAAAAAAAAAUGCCAUGUAUUUAUAGUCAAGUAAAUUUUUUACAAAUGUAUCGGUCAAAUGAAGUCCAAUUUUUUUUAUUUGAAUUUUGUUGGAGGCUUCAACUGACAGUUUUGUCAUAACUAUGUAUGGUCCCUUGUAUGGUUCUUUCCCAGGUGGGCUUGCCAGCUAAGUCUGGGGUGUCAGGAGCCAUUCUGUUGGUGGUCCCUAACGUCAUGGGAGUCAUGUGUUGGUCUCCUCCGCUAGACAAGGUUGGAAACAGUGUCCGGGGAAUACACUUCUGCCAGGUAAAGUUACUAGCUUUAUUUCCAUGUGUUAUAAAUGAUAAAAUGACUGAAAUGCGUGUACAGGGUGAGAAAUGUUUAUGUGUAGGCCUCGUGUAGCUCAGUUGGUAGAGCAUGGCGCUUGCAACGCCAGGGUUGUGGGUUCGAUUCCCACGGGGGGGCCAGUAUGAAGAAGAAAAAAAAACAUUAAAAAUAAAUAAAAAAUAAAAAAGAAGAAGAAAUGCACUCACUAACUGUAAGUCGCUCUGGAUAAGAGCAUCUGCUAAAUUACUAAAAAUGUAAAAUGUACUCCCUAUGUGUAGGUUAUGGAUGUGUUACAAAGUCUGUAUGUACUAGGUACCCUUCAGUAGUGUUACCACAUAUAUAUAUAUAUAUAUAUAUAUAUAAUGUUUCUGCCUCCCGAUACUGUACUGGGGACUGAACUGUCUUUUUGUCAUGCUCUGGUUUUCAGGAACUGGUGUCUUCGUUUAACUUCCAUAACUAUGACAACCUGAGACACUUUGUCAAGAAGCAGGACCCUCGAAGGCAGGACGGGGAUGAUAGGGUAAGGGUUUUUGUGAGUUGUGAGAGUUAUAAAGUAAACACAACAACAAUUUAACAUGCAUUACCAGUCCAAAGUUUGGACACACCUACACAUUCCAGGGAUUGUCUUUAUUUGUACUAUUUUCUACAUUGUAGAAUAAUAGUGAAGACAUCAAAACUAUGAAAUAACACAUAUGGAAUCAUGUAGUAACCAAAGAAGUGUUAAACAAAUAUGUUAUAUUUGAUAUUCUUCAAAUAGCCACCCUUUGCUUUGAUGACAGCUUUGCACACUCUUGGCAUUCUCUCAACCAGCUUCACCUGGAAUGCUUUUUCCAACAGUCUUGAAGGAGUUCCCACAUAUGCUGAGCACUUGUUGGCUGCUUUUCCUUCACUCUGCGGUCCGACUCAUCCCAAACCAUCUCAAUUGGGUUGAGGUCGGGGGAUUGUGGAGUCCAGGUCAUCUGAUGCAGCACUCCAUCACUCUCCUUCUUGGUAAAAUAGCCCUUACACAGCCUGGAGGUGUGUUGGGUCAUUGUCUUGUUGAAAAACAAAUGAUAGUCCCACUAAGCCCAAACCAGAUGGGAUGGCGUAUCACUGCAGAAUGCUGUGGUAGCCAUGCUGGUUAAGUGUGCCUUGAAUUCUAAAUACAUCACAGACAGUGUCACCAGCAAAGCACCCCCACACCAUAACACCUCCUCCUCCAUGCUUUACGGUGGGAAAUACACAUGCGGAGAUCAUCCGUUCACCGACACCGCGUCUCACAAAGACACGGCGGUUGGAACCAAAAAUCUUCAAUUUGGACUCCAGACCAAAGGACACAUUUCCACCGGUCUAAUGUCCAUUGCUUGUGUUUCUUGACCUAUGGAAGUCUCUUCUUAUUAUUGGUGUCCUUUAGUAGUGGUUUCUUUGCAGCAAUUCGACCAUGAAGUCCUGAUUCACACAGUCUCCUCUGAACAGCUGAUGUUGAGAUGUGUCUGUUACUUGAACUCUGUGAAGCAUUUAUUUGGGCUGCAAUUUCUGAGGCUGGUAACUCUAAUUAACUUAUCCUCUGCAGCAGAGGUAACUCUGGGUCUUCCAUUCCUGUGGUGGUCCUCAUGAGAGCCAGUUUCAUCAUAGCACUUGAUGGUUUUUGCGACUGCACUUGAAGAAACUUUCAAAGUUCUUGAAAUGUUCCGUAUUGACUGUCUUAAAGUAAUGAUGGACUGUUGUUUCUCUUUGCUUAUUUGAGCUGUUCUUGCCAUAAUAUGGACUUGGUCUUUUACCAAAUAGGGCUAUCGUCUGUAUACCACCCCUACCUUGUCACAACACAACCGAUUGGCUGAAACGCAUUAAAAAGGAAAGAAAUUCCACAAAUUAACUUUUAAGAAGGCACACCUGUUAAUUGAAAUGCAUUCCAGGUGACUACCUCAUGAACCUGGCUGAGAGAAUGCCAAGAGUGUACAAAGCUGUCAUCAAGGCAAAGGGUGGCUAUUUUGAAGAAUCUCAAAUAUAUUUUGAUUUGUUUAACACUUUUUUGGUUACUACAUGAUUCCAUAUGUGUUAUUUCAUAGUUUUGAUGUCUUCACUAUAGUUCUACAAUGUAGAAAAUAGUAAAAAUAAAGAAAAACCCUUGAAUGAGUAGUUGUGUCCAAACCUUUGACUGGUAGUAUAUUUUCUAAAACAUAAAGUGAAGUUUAAGUUUGCUUUUGUUAUGACGAGUACUAUGAAUUGGUUAUGUAGCUGUGUCCUAUGAAUGGUUAUGUAGCUGUGUCCUAUGAAUGGUUAUGUAUCUGUGUCCUAUGAAUGGUUAUGUAGCUGUGUCCUAUGAAUGGUUAUGUAGCUGUGUCCUAUAAAAUGGUUAUGUAUCUGUGUCCUAUGAAUGGUUAUGUAGCUGUGUCCUAUGAAUGGUUAUAUAGCUGUGUCCUAUGAAUGGUUAUGUAGCUGUGUCCUAUGAAUGGUUAUGUAUAUGUGUCCUAUGAAUGGUUAUGUAUCUGUGUCCUAUGAAUGGUUAUGUAUCUGUGUCCUAUGAAUGGUUAUGUAGCUGUGUCCUAUGAAUGGUUAUGUAUCUGUGUCCUAUGAAUGGUUAUGUAUCUGUGUCCUAUGAAUGGUUAUGUAUCUGUGUCCUAUGAAUGGUUAUGUAUCUGUGUCCUAUGAAUGGUUAUGUAUCUGUGUCCUAUGAAUGGUUAUGUAGCUGUGUCCUAUGAAUGGUUAUGUAGCUGUGUCCUAUGAAUGGUUAUGUAUCUGUGUCCUAUGAAUGGUUAUGUAGCUGUGUCCUAUGAAUGGUUAUAUAGCUGUGUCCUAUGAAUGGUUAUGUAGCUGUGUCCUAUGAAUGGUUAUGUAUCUGUGUCCUAUGAAUGGUUAUGUAUCUGUGUCCUAUGAAUGGUUAUGUAGCUGUGUCCUAUGAAUGGUUAUGUAUCUGUCUCCCAGUGUCCCACCCAGUGUAAGUUGUAUUUAUCUCUGCUAUAUCUGUAGAACAAGUCUGUGGUGAACCUGAUGUUUGCGGCCUACAGUGGAGAUGUGUCAGCCCUCAGAAGGUAAAAUAAUCUCGGAGGCUAUAUGCAGAGACCAACCUGGUUAAAUUAAUAUAAAGUAAAUAUAUUGUUAGUUUUACUACUUGUCACAUGCUGUAGAUGUCACUCUCUCCUAGCUAGUAAUCCUUCACAGUAAACCUCUUGGAAAUUAGAACUAACAUGUAGAAUAUAGCACCCCUCGUCUCCUAUCCUGUCCUCUCAGGUUUUCUCUGUCAUCGAUGGACAUGAAUCUGAAAGACUAUGACUCUCCUAUCCUUUCCUCUCAGGUUUGCUCUGUCAUCGAUGGACAUGGAUCUGAAAGACUACGACUCUAGGACGGCUCUACACGUGGCUGCUGCUGAGGGUGAGCUACAAUCCACCGGUGGCUCCUAGUUGGGAUUAUGUUUUACAAUGCAUCAUAGUGAUGUUACAGCUACCUAGUUGGGAUUAUGUCUUACAAUGCAUCAUAGUGAUGUUACAGCUACCUAGUUGUUAUGACAGCUUCUAGCAAGUGUUAUAAUGCACUAAACGUGUAUCAUAUAAGGCAUUAUGUGUGUGUGCCUCAUAGCAAGUGUUGCCCCCCUAAGAUACAUAUUUAGUGUUUUUGUCCUCAGGUCAUGUGGAUGUGGUACGGUUCCUAACAGACACCUGCAAAGUGAACCCCUUUGUGAAAGACAGGUACGGUAGCAUUCAUUCAUCCACCCCUCCAUUCAUUCAUCCAUCUAUAUCAGUCUCUAUUGACUUUGCCUCCAACCUAACAACGUCCCUUAGCUGGUGUUGCUAUCUAGACUCACUAUACAUUCCCAGCCUCGUGCCUUAUUUCUCCAUGUCGUUCUGUCCUCCGCGGCUGGUAUCUUUACUCAAAGGUAGUGCACUGAAUAACGUCUGACAUCGUUCACCUGUCUGUCUCGUCUCUACCACCUCCCUCCAGGUGGGGCAACAUUCCCCUGGAUGACGCCAUGCAGUUUGGCCACGGUGCCGUGGUGAAGGUCCUACAGGAGUACCAGGUGGCCUGCCAGGAACAGGAGAGACUACCAGUGGCUGAUACCAUACCCAUACCCCCCAAACUAGAGACUGUAGAAGGCAUGGUGUGAUCAGGGGCCGUAUGCGGCAGGUAGCUUAGUGGUUAAGAGCGUUGUGCCAGUAACCGAAAGGUCGCUGGUUCUAAUCCCCGAGCCGACUAGGUGAAAAAUCUGUCGAUGUGCCCUUGAGCAAGGCACUUAACCCUAAUUGCUCCUGUAAGUCGCUCUGGAUAAGAGCGUCUGCUAAAUGACUAAAAUGUAAUGUAAAUGUAUGUAUCAAGCUCUCCCAUUAGGAGUGCUGAUCUACGAUCAAUUUUGCGUAAUGAAACUGAUUACUAUAGACAUUGUAGAUCCUAGAUCAGCACUCCUACUUGAUAAAUCAUUAGGCCUCAAACGGAAGAAAGCGUACUGAAACAUGGAGGGACUUCAAGUCCAAUAGCAAACACUCAUUUUAGUUUUCAGUUGCAAUUGGUAGUGUGUCCGAAGUGCCACUCUAUUUGAUAUAGGCCUUUUGUGCAUUAGUUGGUCAGUAGUGUGUAUAAAGAAUAGGGAUGCCAUUUGGGAUGUAACCCUACAGUCUUAGAAAAAAAGGCGCUAUCUAGAACCUAAAAGGGUUCUUCGGCUGUCCCUAUUGGAGAACCCUUUGAAGAACCCUUUUUGGUUCCAUGUAGAACCCUUUCCACAGAGUGUUCUACAUGGCACCCAAAAUGUUUCUACUUGGAACCAAAAACAAUUAUACUUGGAACCAAAAAUGGUUAUCCUAUGGGGACAGCCAAAAUAACCCUUUUGGAAUCUUUUUUUUUUCUAAGUGUAGUGUUAUUCCUUCCACCAGGACUUCUCUCUCUGACAUCUCUGAGUCCCUGGGUGAGUCCCAAUAAUAUCUCCUAACUCCUGAAGUGUACACUUGUUCACUACUUCCCACAAAUCUAAAAGCAUUGGAUUGGUGGAGGCAUGGGGUAGUGGGAGUUUCCACCAUAUUUCUUAUACCAGUCAUUUUCCUUCAAAUCAGUGAAGUGCACACUUUAGGAGGAAGGAAAGAUCUUUGGGACGGAGUCCCUAUCUUGUAUGCAGUAUUUACUCCUCUCAUAGGCUGGGCUUAUAUACAGGAGGAGACCUGAGAGUGAGGCUGGGCUUAUAUACAGGAGGACACCUGAGAGUGAGGCUGGGCUUAAAUACAGGAGGAGACCUGAGAGUGAGGCUGGGCUUAAAUACAGGAGGAGACCUGAGAGUGAGGCUGGGCUUAAAUACAGGAGGACACCUGAGAGUGAGGCUGGGCUUAAAUACAGAAUAUUUUAUGCAAUCCUUUUAUUGGCUGAAAGACUACAUAUCUUUCCAACACACACAAGCUCCCAGGCGGUUGCUUCAAUUGUCUCUCUUUUGAACUGAUGCGCAGGCAGGGAACUUCUAAAUUGGAACUAACCUCUAUUCUGUUAAGAAACAAUAAUGUUCAUAUUUGAUCACAUCAGAAGUUAAUAUGUUGCCAUUUUUGCUGAUAUUCAUUAGUGUUGCCGUUCUCACGGUCCGCAAAUACGAGUUGCAGUUACUUCCUCCCCAUUGGAAAUACUAAUGCUACUUAGUGAAUAUUAGGAGUACAGUAAUAAUUCGGGCCUUGUUGGAAAGCUCACAUCCUCCCCUUCUCAACGAAACCACUGGUAUUUACCCCCCUCUGACGGUUAUGAUGAGGAGAAAAUCAGAGCUGUAAAUUGGUUAACCUGUAUCCAAGGCUUUGUAGGCUAGGAUGAUUAAUCAUGGCUUCCACAAUUGCAAUUUUGCCAGCUAAGUUAUAGGAGGGUAUACACUCUAUACUGGUAGGCCUAGUUGGACAAGGCUGAAUAUGCACAUGGUCGAAGUUAGAGGAAGCCUAAAUAUUAGUUAUUUAAUGGGAAAAUGCGUUGACUAAACUAUGACUGUGACUAAAACUACACUAAAAUUGUCCAGUUUUAGUUUACUUAAAAACUAAGAAGGAUGAAAUGGCUAAAAUGUGACUAAGACCAAAAAAAGAAAGAACAAAAAAAACAUAUUGUAAAGUGGUUGUCCCACUGGCUAUAAGGUGAAUGCACCAAUUUGUAAGUCGCUCUGGAUAAGAGCGUCUGCUAAAUGACGUAAAUGACUAAAAGCUAUUUUAGUCAAAAGACUAAAACGAAAUCUAAAAUCGCUGGCAAAAUGAACACUGCUAGGUACCAGUCUGUCAAGUUUGGCAUGACAAGGAGUUGACAUGACAAGGAGUUGACAUGACAAGGAGUUGACAUGACAAGGAGUUGACAUGAUAGCACAAAACAGAUCUGGGACCAGGCUCAUAUGAACAGGCGAGUUGCCUUGGUAGUGUUUUCUUAGCAAGGGCCUUUUGCAAAUUCAUAUACAGCACUUUCACAACACACAGCUGGCCUGCUAAAAAAACAGCUUUGUCGUUCUCCUCUGUGCAGUAGGUGUUUAUGUGUAUGCUGCAUCAGAGAAUGCCUUUGGCUUUGCGGUUUAUUGGUGAAGAUUAGCACGUUGUUGAUACAUUAGCUGAGGUUGUGCUACAAGGGCGCAGCAGACAGACACUUCUAAGACCCCGUCAUGAUGAAGGGGUUCAGAUAUCAUGGUGACGGUUUCAGUAAUACUGAAGGGGUUCUGAUAUCAUGGUGACGGUUUCAGUAAUACUGAAGGGGUUCAGAUAUCAUGGUGACUGUUGUUUCAGUAAUACUGAAGGGGUUCAGAUAUCAUGGUGACGGUUUCAGUAAUACUGAAGGGGUUCAGAUAUCAUGGUGACUGUUGUUUCAGUAAUACUGAAGGGGUUCAGAUAUCAUGGUGACGGUUUCAGUAAUACUGAAGGGGUUCAGAUAUCAUGGUGACUGUUGUUUCAGUAAUACUGAAGGGGUUCAGAUAUCAUGGUGACUGUUGUUUCAGUAAUACUGAAGGGGUUCAGAUAUCAUGGUGACUGUUGUUUCAGUAAUACUGAAGGGGUUCAGAUAUCAUGGUGACGGUUUCAGUAAUACUGAAGGGGUUCAGAUAUCAUGGUGACGGUUUCAGUAAUACUGAAGGGGUUCAGAUAUCAUGGUGACUGUUGUUUGAGUCAUGAUGAAGGGGUUCUGAUAUCAUGGUGACUGUUGUUUCAGUAAUACUGAAGGGGUUCAGAUAUCAUGGUGACGGUUUCAGUAAUACUGAAGGGGUUCAGAUAUCAUGGUGACGGUUUCAGUAAUACUGAAGGGGUUCAGAUAUCAUGGUGACUGUUGUUUCAGUCAUGUCUUUGGCUUCAUUGAGUACCCGGGGCUCUGUUCCAAAAUCCACACUAACAUAUAACUUAGAGUGAAGCAAUGUGUUGGACACGCAUUCUAAAUGGUAUGUUAGAAUGGACAUUGGGACGUAGCUGGGUUUAGUUAAAUUUAGUUAAUUAUUUCUAAAAGUCAAAAAGUAUGUGCCUUACUUUAUUUAGCUUUAUACCUUAUGUACUUUAUUAAAGAUCUACUGUAGGUCCAUGGAUGUAAUACAUGGGCCAAUUUAAUGUAGUUUGUCAACAAAUGUGUAAUGUUGAAACUGUGACGUACAGCAUCGCAUGUCUCUGACGUGAUGAAAUCGAGCACAUCUGCAAACAUUGAAUUAGACUUUGUCUAAGUACUUUAUUGCUCAAACGUAAAUAAGAAAGUGUAUUUCCUUUUAUUGUCUCUUAACCUGUUCUUCAUCACCUGAAUUCACCGGUGGGAUUUUUAUGUCAUGCUUAUUUAAAUGUCUGCAUUAUGAAAGGGAUUAUCUAUUAAACAUUGUCAUGUUUUCACCCCCAUGGGUAAUGUUAUGGAAUUAUAUAUAAGGGGAUUUUCCUAUGUAGGGAAAAAUACUUGUUGACAAUAAAAUUGGUUUUCAAUAGAUCAUUGCUCUCAGACGUUGGCUCUUGAUACCGACGUCUAUUUUUCAUUCAGUAUAGGACAUUCAGCAGAUGAAAGAAGUGGAAAUGUUGCGGUCUGAGGAGACGUGA